CUAUUCUUUGCUACUUAGGAGUUAAAGUGGACCUUUUAUGCUCAUUAGUUUGCAUAUAUGUUAUCUAUACAUUGUGCUAUCAGUUUUGCCAGCAAAUGUAUAGAUUAGGAGAAAAAGCUAUUUGAAAAUAUUUUCUCCCAGCUGUCAAUCAGUGCCUUCAACUAGGAACUGUUGUUGCAAUGGAAACUCCCAGUUGAUGCUUCUAGUGCUGGCCAAGGUGUAUAAAAACUGAGUGCCACUACAUCGCUUAUUUACAACACUGGCAACUAAGCCAGUGUGCUGACGUCAAGGAUGAGGUUUUUACCUGCUUGGACAUGCAUAUUAAGCAUUGCAAAUUAACCCCUUAAGGACCAAACCCCUGGAAUAAAAGGGAAUCAUGACAUGUCACAGAUGUCAUGUGUCCUUAAGGGGUUAAAGAAAACUGCAGGUGGAGCGGAGGAUGGCUUGGAGGAAGGUGUUACAGAAAGAGUAACAGCCAAAAAGCGGUGCUGGAAUAGAGGAAAGAUGAGUAAAUCAUUCUAUUUUAAAUUGAAUAAAUCAUGUAUCUUUGAAGUAUGGGGUAUUAAAUAUAUAUGGGAGUGACUUCAGGUAAGUGAGUUUUUUCCAUUACAGGUUUACUUUAAAUCACUUUAUUUAUGCAGCUUUAGCCACACUUCCCCUGCAUGUGAUCUACACAUUUUCUGUAAAUAGAAUGUAAUGUUUAAAUGUCCUUUAUUGUACAAUCUGUUAAAUUUAGACUUUAUCUCCUGCUCUGUCAAUAGCCUGCUAGAGCCUUUAGUAGCAUCUUGUGUUUGAUUAAAAUUCAAUUAACAAAACAGGAGAUGAAGUCUUAAUAAGUAAACACACUAAGGUGUCACAUUUGAUUGCAACAAUUUUUUUCCCCUCCAUGUUGGCUGUGUGAAUCACAGACAGGAGAAGUGUGGCUAGAGCUGCAUAAUCAAAACAAAAGUAAUUUAACUCCUAAAUGGCAGAGAAUUGAGCAGUGAGACUGCCAGGUCAUUAUGUAAACCAGCGGUUGCCAAAUCAGUGCUCAUGGACCACAAACAAUCCAGGAUGUAUGUAUUUUUAGACCAGUGGAGAUACUCACAAAAUAUUUGUGGCUGUUUUAAAGACACGUUAAUAUUCUGCAAACAAAACUACAGAAUUUGUAUUCAUUGUUUAGUCGUCGGCUGAAGUGUAUUGACUAGGCAUGUACAUUUUAAUACUACAUUUCUGUUGGAUGGUGUACAGUUUUGCAAUGCAUAACUUAUUAUGUAGACUAAUAGACCCAUUUGUGAUUAUUCAGGAUAAAGUGGGAGAAUUUGCCAAGUUGUCAAAGAUUGAACUUCUUGAAGCAACAGAGAAAUCAGUUGGACCUCCAGAGAUGUACAAGUUUCAUUGUGAACUGAAAAACUGCAGGGAAAAAGAAAGGGAACUUGAAGUAUGUUUGGGGCUGGUUUGCGUGCAUUUAAAAAAAAAAAAAAAAAAAAAAAAUUGUAUUUCCCUCUUUCUUUCUCUUUCUAUCGCAUUUUCUUCUUGUUAUUUUUCAGUUAAUGAUUGAGUAUUUUAACCCCUUCAGGACGCAGUCAAUAGUACACGUUCUGAUCAAAACAUAAACAAAAACUGGAAUUUGCGCUAUAUGUCUGUUCAACCGUAAUUCACCUCUUUCAUAUUAAAUGCACCCACACUUAUAUAUCAUUUUGUUCAGGAGAAACAGGGCUUUCAUUUCAUAUCAAAUAUUUAUAUAUGAAACAUAAUUUAUUAUGAAUAAAAUUUAAAAAACUGUGAGAAAUGUAAAUUUUUUUUUCAAAAUUUGGAGUUCCGCCUCACAUUUUAGCUGUAAAUGUCAUACUGUUAGGUUUUACUGCAAAAAAAUGCACAUAUUUGUAAUCAGCGAUGUCUCAUGAGUACAACAGUACCCCCCAUUAACAGGUUUUAUGGUGUUUUGGAAAGUUACAGGGUCAAAUAUAGAACGUUCCAUUUUCAAAUUGAAAUUUGCCAGAUUGGUAAUGUUACCUUUGAGACGGUGUGGUAGCCCAGGAAUGAGAAUUACCCCCAUGAUGGCAUACCAUUUGAAAAAGUAGACAACCCAAGGUAUUGAAAGUGGGGUAUGUUUAGUCUUUUUUAGUAGCCACUUAGUCACAAACACUGGCCAAAGUUAGCGUUCAUAUUUGUUUUUGUGUGAAAAAGCAAAAAACUAAUAUUUGGCCAGUGUUUGUGACUAAGUGGCUACUAAAAAUGACUGGACAUACCCCAUUUGCAAUACCUUGGGUUGUCUACUUCUGCAAAUGGUAUGCCAUCAUGGGGGUAAUUCUUAUUCCUGGGCUACUAUACGGUCUCAAAGGCAACAUAACCAAUCUGGCAAAUUUCAAUGUCAAAAAAAUGAAAUGCAAGCCUUAUAUGUGACUCUCUAACUUUCCAAAACACCAUAAAACCUGUACAUGGGAGGUACUGUUAUUCUCGGGAGACUUCAUUAAACACAAAUAUUAGUGUUUUAAAACAGUAAAACAUAUUACAAAAUUUUUUUUUUUUUACACUUUCCCACCAGCAGGGGGACUGUCUGACAGCUCAGACAGCCCCCUGCUGGCAGAUCCACAGCCAGCUAUAGGAGGCCAUGUGAUCGCUCUUUGAGAGCGAUCACAUGGCCCCCAGGGGCCUCAAUUGCCGGGGGAGGGCUGCCUGGGCAGUCAGUAAAGGUGAGUAAAGCCCUUUAAAGCCGCGACGGCAUAGAACGCCGUAACAGCGUUAAGGGGUUAAGUGCAGCAGCUUGUUGUGGUUUUGUUUCCAUUUAAUGAUUCUACUUACUUGAAGAUCAUUACAUGCUUCUUUUGUUUAAUGAAUCUUGCAAAGUUAUUCAUUCUUUGUAGCCCAAUGGGAUGGUUAUACAUGUCUGCAAUAACACACAGCUAAAGAGAAGCAAUGGUCAUAACUAAAGCAUUUCUUUCACCUCCUUAAUGCAAAAAUAUCAACGACUUGGAUAUGCAAAUGCUGAAAUUAAGCCGUAUUUGUGUCAUUAUUAGUGUAAGUUUUGUUCAAAGUGUAGCAUUCUGCAUAACUUUUUAAUCCAGUAUGACGCACAGUGUAAAUGUGGAGGUUUAGAUUCCAUAGGUCUACUAUCUUGUUGCUGAUCGUGGAAUCCUGCGUCAAUAUUAAUGUGUGAAUGUCGCUUGAUAGGCGGUACCGUUUGAGAAUACUUACUCAGGAAUGGUUGACACAGCAGAACAACACUUUCUAGAGGCCAGUGUUUAGAACUGCACUUCCAUGCUUUUUAUUUAAAAAUGUUUUAAUUUUAGUUUUUUGUUUUCUCUAAAGCACUAAUAGACUAAUUUGGAAUUACCUGUUACUCACCAUUCAACUCCAAUCUUCCAGCUGUGAGAAUUUUAAUACAUGUUUUUAAUGCUGUAGGGCUUUCUUUUUAUUUCUUUAUUGUGGGUUGCACUAAAUAAACUCUUUGCUUAUAACAGAAUACUUACAAGAGUAAAGCUGAAUAUUUACAGAAUAUGAAGCAACAAAAUGAACGCUACAAGAAGGAUGUUGAGAAAUACUACGAAAAAAAGCGCCACCUUGAUAAAAUAGAAAUGUUGGAAAGAAAAAGGCCUUGGGUGGUAAGUUCUAUUUGUUUGCUUGAAUGGAGAAUUGGAAAACCCCAAAACAGAAUGAAUGGAAAUAGAAUUCUUCUAUUAAAAAAGCAUAUUCAAUUAUACUACACAACCAUCUACAUAAUGGUACUCAAAAUUAUUGUGAAAUUAUGUAACACUCAAAGUGCACUCUCUAAAAUACAGUGCUUUAUUGCUAAAUAAAAAAAUAAUGUGCAAAAUGUUAAGCCAGCGUACAAGAAAUAAUUCAGAUACUCUAUAAAACAGUAUUUUCCUUGCAGUAUAUGAACCUAAAUGAAGAAAUGACAAUGCAAUAGUGUAUACCUAUAAAAUAAUGACUGUCCUAGAACAAAGCGUGGAAGUAACUCACUGAAAGUAACUUGCUGUACUGUGGUUUUGAGCAAUAACCACAAAUAAGUACAUACAGCAUGUAAAAAUGAAAGUCUCUGAUUUGUCCUCUAUUUAUACAUUGUAACACAGAGUAACUAUGUAAUCUUAUAAAUCAUAACAGGGUAACUGUUACAACUUAAAUAAAGUUGGGAUGGAAUUAAAAUAUAAAUACCUUUUUAGUGUUCUGAUCUAUUUUUUUUUUUUAUUAAUAUAUAUAUAUAUUUUUUUUUUUUUUACUUGCUAUUUUUAUUUAAAUACGCAUUUGUUUUUCCCCCCAAAAGAAGCUUAUUCAGUAAUCCAAUUUAAUUCAUGAGUAAUUCAGGUAUUUUAAUUGCAUCCCAACUGUGUCUGUGUGUGUAAUCUUGCAAUACAAUUCAGUUAUAACAAAGUAGCCCUUUUACGAUCACAUUGCCACUCUGUUACAAUGUAUAAACAAAACACAUGCAACAUUUUUUUUUUUUUUACUUGCUGCUUGAAACACUGCACAUCCAGAGUUAUUUGCACUUGUGUCUCGCGGGCAAGUGAACCCCCGCCACAUCCUGGGUUUCAUAAUGUAAAUUCUGUGCUUAAAAAUUAGGUCUUCCAUUAUACUGAGGGAAGCUCUCCCUAUCCCCUCUGCUAUUUUUUCAUUUCCUCAUCCUUGCUCCUCCUAUAAAAUGGUAAGAUCAAAGCCUUUGAUUGGACCUCGGCACGACUACCUUGAUGACAGACAGGAAUGAAGCUGAGCAGCGCUGGGAGUUUCAACCGGUUCUUUAUUUUAGAGAGUUACAUUUUUUUUUUUUUUUUUUUUUUAUUUUUAUUUGUGCGGGGAAAAUCACAUAGCAUACAAUGCCACAACAGCAAGCGCAUACAGAUUGUCAGACAUAGAUUUGCAGUGUUUAGGCAGUAGAGAAUACAUAGCACAUUUUUAUGGAAUAGUGUCGCAUGACAAAGAGUUACGUCCAAUCUUGUUAUUGGUGAAAGUAAUGAACAGGGUUAGCUAAAAACAAAUUACUAUAGGUUUGAUUCUAUGUCAAGAUGGGUUAAACAGCAGAUUAUGCAUGAGGGAAAAGCUUACAUGUAAAUUGAUUUUAAAUGGCAAGAUACAAACUAGUCAGAUGGGUGGCUGAACAGGGUAUACUUUGCUUACAAACUGACUAUAUAUUUGUUUAGACUCGAGCAGUAAAAGACAGGCUGGGUCACUAAAGUGGUGUAAGCAAGAAUUAGGUAAGAGUCCCCAGGAGGCUUCUACAAGGUCAUAAACUAAAUUAGUUAAGGGCAAAUAAAAUAGAGCUGGAUAAGAUAAGAGACAAUUAUAGUUAACUUGCGUUGCUCUCCCUGUGAUCGAUGUGUGCAGGAGAAGCUGGUGGGGGUUAAGUUCCCCCUUGUUCAGUCCGAGAGUUCACUCAGCCGAUGCCUGCCAGAGGAGCCCCACAUUCCUGCAGCCUGGAAAUGCAUAGCAAGCCUCUGGGUCCGAUCGCUGUCAGAUGGAGCCGGUCUGCUUGUGGAGUCAGGAGCUGGCGUGUGGUGAGGUUUUUCAGGCCUCUGGACCCAGGAACUGACAGAUGAGGUGUGUCAGUUUGCCGGGUCAGGAUUAUCCAUGAUGCUUGGGGUCCCUGGUGAAGUAUACCAAGAAGCCUCUGCCUCCUCUGUUGGGGUGGUGUGCGCCUCUCGGUUUGCCGCCUUGCUGAAGCUUGAGCUGGGUGCUUUCCUUCCCGUCGCCACUGUGAUGCCUUUUGUGCUGUCGGCAUCUUGUGUUUCUGCUGUGGGCUUCGCUUUUGCCGCCGAGGUAUGUGGUCCUCUGGCUGCGGUUGCGUUGCUCUCCUCCUCUCAUUCUCCUGUCUUUGCUUGAGGUUGAUUGAUUUGGCAUGCUUGACUCUGACAUUUGUGCCACAACGCGGGUGCCUCUGGCGCCAUUGAGGUCGUUGCAUGCUGUGAGCAGAGUCUCUGCGCCGAGGGCGAUGCAGGGGACUCCGGAGUGGCUGAGUCAGAGGUGGUUCUGGUACAGCAGGUGAGGCAUGUUGUGGGGUCAGUGGGGAACCCCGCUGUCUCUCCUCGAUGCGGAGCCAGAAGGCUGCGAAGACAGCAUCCAGCUGUGUGAGUAUCGAUCGGGUGUGCACAGUUUGAGUAGGUCUGUCUGUGACCACCGCCAUCUUUGGUGCAGCAAGCAUCCAUCUUCUUUGGAGCUGCGAGUUGCAGGGUUGUUCUCCUGAGACCGGGAUGACCCCCACCGGUCCAUAGGGGGGGGGAACGAGGGCCCAGUAUCGGGAGUCCAGUCGUGAGUGGCGUCGGAGGAGCGGCCGUCUCCUCCGCGCCGGCCAUGCUUGUAGGCCGCAUACGGUGCUCAGGUGAGUCUCGCUUCAGAUGUGGCAUGUUUGGUACCUGUUGGAUCACCCAAGCGUCACCAGUGGCUUGGUGGCCCUUGUGUGUCGUGCACCCGCUGUAGUUUGACUUUUUUUUCGCUUUAUUUGCCAGUAAAAGCAGGAGCUGUGUCUACAAGCGUCCACUCAGCUCAGCGGUCAGGCCCCGCCCCGUUACAUUUAUUUUUAAAACCCUCUUUGAGCAUUUUUUGGGUGGGGGAACCAAAAGAAUGCCAUUAUUCUAUCUUAAAGGGACACUAUAGUCACCAGAGCAACUACAGUUUAAUGUAGUUGUUCUGGUAAGUAUAAUCAUUCCCUUUAGGCUUUUUGCAGUAAACUCAUUUUUUUUCAGUGAUAAGUGUUUACAUUACAACCUAGUGCUCACUCCACUGGCCACUCCUCAGAUGGCUACUAUAGGUGCUUCUAGUGGCAGUGCAGCACAGAUAAUUAGUGCCUCUGCACUGAAGUAAGAUUUUACUUUAUUUACGGGGGCUGGCGUGGCUAGAUGGUGGUUUUAACACUAUAGGGUCAGGAAUAAAUGUUUGUGUUCCUGACCAUAUAGUGUUCCUUUAAACAAAAAAGUUUGGAGAAACCCUUUUAAAGGGACUUUACAGGUACCUUCCUGACAGGCAGCCACUACAAGUGCUUCAGCUGCUACAACAGAGUUAAACUUGGUUAUAGCUCAAUUGACUCUCCUAGAGAACAUUUGAUUGGCACUUUGUGGCAUUUUGCGGUGACUGCUCUGUUUGGUGUCUGAGUGUUAUGAGGUGCAGGUAAAGGUGUGUUUUUACUUACUUGAACUUGUUCCUGAACAGAGCCCUUUUCCCCUUGGUGAUAUUAGAACAUAGUAAAGGUGAGUGUUUCAGAAAGGCUUUAUCUUUAAUUAGAUUUAAGUUAUGUUGACUAUUGACAUAUUUUGAUAGAGGAGUCUGGAUCAGAACUGACAUGUAGAAAUGUCUGGGUCAUUACAGGCAAUUGUAGAAAGUGUAUAAAAAGUACAAAAAUACAAUCUAGGAGCAAUCAUUUUAAAUACUGAAAAAGGAUGUUGUAUAAUUUUAGUUUCCUUUUAUGUAAUUGUAGACAUAGUUAACAAAUAUUUUAUAAACCUUUUUUCUGUACCUUUCCUUCCACUGUAAAUAUAUGUAUAACAUACAUAGUAACACUGUGAUGUGCAAGCCAAUAGACCCCACUUUAUGUGUACUAACAUACCCUGAAAUGCACUAAGUAUUAAGUGGACACUGUAGGCAUCCAGACCAUUUCAGCUCAUUGCAGAGAGUAUAGCUGAUCCACCCAAACACUAGCCCAGACUGAGUGAAUGGUGAAAAGGAACUGGUUUAUUAUGGCUAAGGUGCUUGCUUUUAUACACAGCCCCCAGCAUGGAGUCUCCAUUCAAUGCAAGACAAACCCCUCUUCUAAAUCUCUGUGCCUGGGAGAUAAUUGCGUUAAAGACAGGUAAGCUAAUUAUCUCCCAGGAACUAACGAACAACACCAAAAUAUAAAAAUACCCCAAAACAUCACUUAAAACAUAAAAUAAACCACAAAUAAUACAUCCCUAAACAGCCCUAGAUCUAUGAGGACCCAAGUUUUCCAAAUAAGCGCUUAGAUCCGUGCAGUGCAGGGAAAGCAUCACCGUGUUCUGACUGGCCACCUGCAUUGGUCCACGAUGCCCAAAUAGUUGUAGGAAAGCUUGGUGCUUUGGCCUGGUCAACUUUCGGGAGCUUCUGCAUCCAAAUAUAUGGUGUGCUCCAUUUUGGCUCGGUAGCGUUUGUUCCCCUUAGUCUCAGGCACCUUCCCUCCAAGCGCUCUCCUGAAGGUUUGCAAAGUUGUUCAAAGCCGGACCGGAGUUGUCCAGGUAACCCGCGACCCAUUAAAUGGGGUUGUCAAAUCGUCAGCGGCAAAUGCAGCUAGCGUUAGGUCCCGAUAGGAGAGGGAGGAACAAAGUGAGAGUCUAACACUACAUCUAUGUAUGUGACAAAAAGGGUUUAUCGCACCAUACCAUGGGAGGUGGGUAAUAUGAGGGUGUCCUAUAGGCUAGGAAUACAAUUUUGUGUGUAAUCUUGCAAUACAAUUCAGUUAUAACAAAGUAGCCCUUUUACGAUCACAUUGCCACUCUCUAUUACAAUGUAUAAACAAAACACAUGCAACAUUUAAUUUUUUAUUUUUUUUACUUGCUGCUUGAAACACUGCACAUCCAGAGUUAUUUGCACUUGUGUCUCGCGGGCAAGUUGAGCCUAUAGUUUCCCUUGAACAACUUCAGUGUUGAAAUUAUUUUUUGUAAAAAAUGUAAUACAAAAUUACAUAAUUUUGUUUUGUGAGAUAAGAAACAAACUAAAGUUUGAAGUGGUUGGCCUUUAAAGAAAAAACAAAAUGCAUAAGAUAUGCAUUAAUGAUCUAUGUAUAAAUGAACAUACAUGUUCUUAAACCAGUAUUUAUAAAGAAUAGAAUAAAAACGUCAUUGUACAGUCGUACCUAAACACGCAUACAGAAUUGACUUUAUUGUCCCGCUAAAGCGACUUUUCUUUGUUUUAAAUGUUCUUUGAUAACAUGCGUUCAUCUUCACGUUUGUGUAUCGUUACAGGAAUAUGAAAAUGUGCGCCAGCAAUAUGAAGACGUAAAAAAGAAUCGUGAUCAAUUGAAAGAGGAAGUCAGAAAGUUACAAGAGAAGCAAUCUCCUCUUAGUCACAAAAUACAACAAAUUGAAAAGCAGCUGAAAUUGAUUGAUGGAAAAAUAAAAGACAAGGUGAGAAGUGUUUUAAAUAUGAAUACGCUGAUAUGUUUACACUAGGGCUGUGACUACAAUUUCUUUUUGUAGCUCCGUAAAUGGCAGUGUUGGACGAAUUGCGUAAAGAAUAUGUGUAAUUUCUUUUAUAGAAAAAAAGACAAAAACAAAUCUAAGCUUCAAAUCCAGUGUUGGUUUCCAUUUAUAACUGGAUAAUUAUGUUAACAAUUUGAAUAGUACACUUGCAGCCAUCAAUGCCUAUGUAGGAGUUAGUGGUUGAGUUGUGUUAAGUCGACAAUGAACUGGCAAAACAUAAGACAAAACUGCCAGAGUGUAGAAACAAAUAUUAGUAAUUCUUUUUCCAUAAGUAGCCUGUAAAAUGUUCACAAUGCACUGGGGGACUUUGAUAUUAUUUUUGCAGUUAGCAAUUCAUUCAGAUCAUUGGAAAAUUAAAUUGAUAUUAUCUUUCUGAUGUAUUUAUCAAAAAAUACUCUUGGUGUUUGCCAUUUUGUUCAUUAUUCUUAAAACAUUUUAAUAUCUGUAAAUCACAAGAAACUGGUACUAAACAUCUCACAAUUUCAAAUGAAUAUGAAAGUUCUUUAAAACCAUUAAAGGAACACUCCAUUGCCCUUUAAAAGUAUUUGAAAAAGGGGAGGGCUUGCAGUCUAUGAACUAUCCAUGGAACUGCGAACGCAUACGCGAUCACAACUUUCUAAUGCUUCUUAAUGAGCUGUAAAACAACUCAUUGAGAAUGUGCUAAGGAAGGCACUCUUUAGAAUAGCGUGCCUGCUGAUUUUGUUGUGAAUCUGGCGUCAAUAGAGGCAGAAGAAAACCUCCCUGGCUGUUUGUUUCUGCCCCAGUUAUUAAAGUGGUGAUUUUUAUAAACAUUUUCACUUAAAAUCUGCACUUUUGUUAACUGCCCCCCAAUUAAAUAAAACGGUAGGCUGGAGACAGACAAAACCCUUCAGCUAGUUGAAGUGCUUUGAGUCAGGAGUGUUCCUUUCAAAAACAAAAAAUUAUCUUUAUUUCAUAAAAGUAUAAAUCUCACCAACUAGUUACAGUUUAGACGGUCAUUUCAAUGGACCGGUUCCGUUUUGAAAUCCCCUGUUGCGCCAAAGUGCUGAUGUAUUGAAUUCACAUUGCUUCCCUUUCAUGGUGCAAAAGCUGUCUUUCUACAAGACCAUCUUUGUGGGUUCUUCCUAAUUAAUAACUUUAAACUCCCUAGUACUUUUUUUUUAUUUUGCAUAUAAUUUAAAAUGCCAAACUCUGCCCUGCCUGCAUGUGGUCUCUGAAGUAUGAUUUUUGACUACUGUAGUAAAUAUUUUUGUUUGAAUAAUUUGUACAUAGCAUGGUGUGUGUGUUUAUUAGUAUUGUAAUUGUUUCUUUGAUUAAAAGCCAAGGAGGUAGUUUUUAAUUUUAUUUAAGUGUAACAAUUAUUGUUUUUAAAAGGGGUUGGAGAUUAAAGAGACUUCACAGAAAUGCAAACAGAAACAAGAUGCUUUGGAAAGGAAAGAUAAACAGGUAUGUCUUUUUGUUCUUUUUGGCAUGCCUAUUCACUCUUUUCAUAAUUUUGCACUUGAAAACUAUAGCUUGACUACAAGACCAUCCAUUUGACUUGGAUAGUAAGAGCAAUAAAUACCUAUUCCAUAUUUGCAGUACACAUUUUUUGAAAGACAUUUAAUAAAAUGUUACUUCGAGACAUUGCUGUAUUUUCUGACCUGUACAUUAAAUUAGUAUGUCAUAAUGGCAGUUGUGAAAACCAUUGAGGAAGAAAAAAAACAACUCAAGAAAUGGCUGCUGAAAACUAUUUUUUUUCCCCAUCACAUGAACAAUUCUGUAAAUGUGCUGAGGAUGGAAGAUUAAAAAAAAAUGUAAAAGUUGCAAUACAAAAAUGUAAAUUGUAUUACAAAUACAACUGCAGAGGAAAGUCUUAUUUGAUUGAUUGCAUAUUAGUAAGUGCUAGCUAGCCUAGCACUUGCAGUCUAUCAUUGCCAUACAAGGUGCUUGGAUUCUCCAGUGAGAUAGCCAAACUGCAGACUGAGAUUAUCUCUGCUGUUUUGUAACUCAAAUAAUUGUUCUCUCGUUCACAGAGCAGUUCCACUCACCUGAUCUGAUCUGAUGUAGUGGGGACUACUCUUAGGUGUAAACGAGCUAUACCAUAAAUGUUUCAUGAAAGUGUAUACUCCAUAGAACAGACAAAGUUUGGAGGCUCAACCUAGGCAACCUCACUAGACUGAGUCUACAAGAAAAUGUUAUGGCAGUUGUAUUUUUUAUUUUUAUUUAAUUUUAUUGCCUUGCAUAGAGGUACAUAAGGGUAAUUUCAAACCCCUCCCCCUUUUUUUUCUUAAAUGUACAUAUGCCGCUUUCUGCCAAUAUGGUUUUGAUGUACAUAAUUAUAGGGGAACUGCCACUUCUCCAGAAUGUUUAGUCUUGCCAAAUAUGUAUUUGUGAGACGUGAAAUAUAAAAUUUAAGUGUUGAAAUCCACACUGCUAUAUUUACCUCUGUCCUGGAAGGGACCAGGGAUGGGGUUUUUUUUCUCUUGAAAGUGGCACUUCUGUAAAAUAAGAAAAAAAGGAAUCAAGUGGUUUAGAAGACUAGAUUAGAAAACAAAAAAAAUAAGCAUCACAUGCUAAAAGGUUAAUGCCAGGUAUAGGAGAUGUUUUUUUUUUUUUUUUUUUUUUAUUCAGUGAUGUAAUUUCCAGAGAAGCAACAGUUCCUCUUUAUUUAUUUAUUUUUAUUAAAAUGUGAAAAUGUUUAGUACUAACUUUUUCUUGGCUACAUAUUGUAUGUGUACAUUUAGAACAAAAGCAUUUCCAUGUAGUCUGGUGUUUUUAUUUCCAAAUAGAUAGAAGAAAUCCAACAGUCACUGAGAAUGAGGAGAGAUGAGGAGUGUGACAGACAGAAGAAAAUCUGCAACAUUCGUAAGAUGAUAGAGGACUGGCAGAAUGAGCUGAGCACAAUGGACAACCGUGAACAACUUCAGCCAGAAUUGGAAUCCAUUGCCAAUGAGCUACGACACAUCCAAGUAGAGAAGUCAAAUGCUGAUGGUGAACUAAGCGACUUAAGAAUGGAGAAGGACAACUUAGAGAGAGAAAGGAAAAGUACGUUAACAAUUGUUAUAUUACUAGGCUUAAAACUUGAUAUUAGUAUAUAUCAUUGUGUAUUAAAAAUAUACAUGAAUACAGACCAAACUUUAUUUCAAGCCAGUUCCUCAACCAGUUCCAAAAACAUUCUUUUAUCUCUUGAAAGAAACCUUAUAAAUUUCAAGUCAGACUAUUGGAAGUCAUUUGUGCUAACCGUAUUCUUAGCCAAAAACUCUGCUCUUUACAGCAAUGUGAACUGAGUGCAAACUAAUUGUAUGGUUGUAGUCCGAUACUAGAUCUCAUAACUGUUGCUGGAAUAUAUGUUUCAUGGAUCGUUGCCACUAUUUGGAGUUAGAUUUAUCUUUACUGGAGGUCUUAUAUUUACCUACCCCUGACUGAUUGCUUUCCAUUAUCGGCUGAGAGGCAUCAGUGAGAUGUAAAUGUUUUCCUAUUUUAAGGUUUUUAUAUUAUAUAUGUAUUUGGAAAUCUUGCAAAAAAUUGUGAAAAAACUAAACCUUUAAAUACCAAAUCAAUCAAAUUCUAUUAAAAAACGUAAUCUGAAACCUUUAAUCAUUUUCUUUAGACUAUUUACCUAAAGACUCAUAACAAGCUAAGCUUUCCUAUAUAUAUAUAUAUAUAUAUAUAUAUAUAUAUAUAUAUAUAUAUAUAUAUAUAUAUAUAUAUAUAUAUAUAUAUAUAUAUAUAUAUAUAUAUAUAUAUAUAUAUAUAUAUAUAUAUAUAGACAUAGCAGAAAUGACCGCACUCCAAGGACUUUAUAGAGAUUUUCAAAUAAAAUUUAGCUUUUAUUCAAUCCAUUUAAAAAGUUGACUUUUUAAAUGGAUUGAAUAAAAGCUAAAUUUUAUUUGAAAAUCUCUAUAAAGUCCUUGGAGUGCGGUCAUUUCUGCUAUGUCUACAUGAUCCUUGCCAGACCAGCACCGGGCACCACAGGAUUACACCAGGAGUGCAAGCCUUCGCUAUUUAUAUAUAUAUAUAUAUAUAUAUAUAUAUACACAUAUAUACACACACAAUUUAGAAUACUCUCUUUUCUAUGGCUGUCAUUACUAAGUUUGAGUAUAAUUAUUUUAAAUAGAUAAGGCUAAUCGAAUUAAACAACUUGAAGAUUUACUGAAUCAAAAGGAAGAAAGACUGAAGAAAAGAUUUGUUGACACUUACAAUGCUGUUGUUUGGUUAAAAGAAAACAAACACCGGUUUAAGCAAAAUGUCUACCAACCAAUUAUGCUUGAAGUAAGUUUUACUGUCGGUUUUAUUUUUAGGGGUUUUCCUCCCUAUUCUCAACAUUACUAUUUAUAUUUGUGAGAAAACUGAUUAAAAAAUAAAAAUAGAUUAUCGUAUAAUUAAAAAUAAAGUUUUUUUUUUCGUUUCAUAUAAUCAUUGUGAGAUCAUGACCCCUAUUUAUGGUUAUUUAAACUUUUUAUUAGAUACAUGUAUGUACUUAGAUGCUUAUUUUAAACUGAUGUUUAUAACAUAGUUUAUAUCCAUUUACAUCCACUAGAUCAAUAUGAAAGACCAACAACAUGCAAAGUAUGUUGAAAAUCACAUUUCAGCAAAUGACAUGAGAGCAUUUGUGUUUGAAAACAAAGAAGACAUGGACAUGUUUCUGAAGGAAGUAAGUGGUAAAGUUCCUGGUUAGUGUUACCUACUCGUUUUUUAACCCCUUCAGGACCGGCCUGUUUUUGCGAUAUUAUAGUGUUUGUGUUUAGCUGUAAUUUUCCUCUCUCUCAUUUACUGUUCCCAUACAAGUUAUAUAUUGUUUUUUCAGGACAAAAAGGGCUUUCUUUACAUACCAUUAUUUGUAUCAUGUCAUAUAAUUUACUUAAAAAAAAAUAAAGAUGGUGAAACAUGUUUUUUGACUUUUGCUUGAAAAAUCUUUUAAUUACCUACGAACGCUAAUGAAAGAAACUCCUAAAUAGAUUCAAAAUUUUGUCCUGAGUUUAAAAACAUUCCUCUCCUGCCUCCCUCCCUGCCUGUAGGUUGGUGAGCUAGAUCUUUGAUCUCCCUCACCGGCCCAUGGAGGGAGGCACAUAGCGUGUGCCCCAGGGAUUAGGGUGUGCCCAGGCACACCCCGUGCGCACGCCUAUGGUUGCUGCAUACACGGACGAUAUGUUAUUCUUCAUCACACAAUCAAGAAUAACUCUGCCCUGCCUAAUGAAAGAACUCGAAGACUACGGCCGCCUGUCGGGCCUCAAACUCAACCUAAGCAAAUGCGAACUCCUCAAUAUAAAUGACGCGAUGAGAGAACACAGAGCUAUAGCCCCGACCUUCCCAUUCCGGUGGUGUCAAUCCCAAAUGAAAUACUUAGGGAUUUGGGUAACAACGGAUCCGAGCUCCCUCUACCAAACAAACUUCAUCCCUCUCCUCACUUGCGUUCAACUCGACCUACGGACCUGGAACUACCCACACAUCUCAUGGCUAGGCCGCAUAGCGGUGAUCAAAAUGAACAUAUUACCCAGAAUAUUAUACCUAUUCCACACAAUCCCCCUAUCGAUACCGACGGCAUUCUUCGCCUCCUUGAAAGCUACAUUCCUGACCUACAUUUGGAAAGGACACAGACCACGACUGCGAUACGAACUCCUCUGCCAGACCAGAAGAAACGGAGGAUUGGCACUCCCAGACAUACGGAAAUACCAUCAUGCAACGGCCCUACAGAGAAUCCUAGAAUGGCACACUAACCCACGACACAAACAAUGGGUGGCCCUAGACAGAACCUCGACCGACGGCCCAUCCAUCUUCGCCUCAGUAUGGAACACAAAAACCACAACGCAAGACGAACUAAACAAACUCUCCCCAACAAGCCAAACUCUUCAGACAUGGUCGAUAAUACGGAAAACAGCAACCAUCUCCCCCAAACCUUGCCCAAUGACCACCCCAACGAACAACCAACUAAUAGGGGGAGGACUACCGGCAAGCGCUUGGAACUUCCUGGGGGGAGAAGACUUCCUCCCCCUCUACAAAACACUGACCGCCACCGGAUUGGUACCUCUAGAACAAAUGAGAGAGGGCACACCGACCCCCAUGCACAGAUACCGAUAUACACAAUUGGCACAUUUCUACCAUACGCUACCGAAUAGAGCCACAGUACUCUCACGUGGUUCGAAGAGCUUUGCGACAAAAAAAAACAAUUAUCCAGAAACCAACUUCAACCCUAUACCAGCACCUGAUAACGAACAACCAAAACACAGCACUGCCAUACAAAAGAAAAUGGGAACACCUCACAGACAAGACAUUCACAGACACACAGUGGGACAAAAUUCUAAUUCUCCACCACAAAUCCUCAGUCAGCUCGUCAUAUCAAGAAAUGAAUUACAAAUUGCUAACGUUCUGGUACAGAACCAUGGACCUCCUACACAAAAUAUUCCCCAACACCCCAGCGACAUGCUGGAGAUGCGAGAUGGAUGUGGGCACAGUGAAACAUAUAUCUGGUGGGAAUGCAUCAAAAUCAAACCAUACUGGAACCAGCUUAUAGCCCGCAUCAAGGACGUCCUAGGGGAUACCACGCAGCGUUCCCUGGAAAAUGUACUCCUCCACCACACACGAGAACCGAUCUCAAAAUACAAAAGAUCUAUUCUACGCCACCUCCUUGACGCAGCCAAGGCGCUAAUCCCCACUCUAUGGAAACAAACCCAAACCCCCACAAUGGAACAAUGGCUAACCAGAGUGGAAGAAAUCAGAGCUGCUGAAGAAACUCACGCGACCCUGACGGACACUCUCAAAACAUGUAGACAAAUGGCAACCCUGGAUAAUAUACGUGGCAAGACGGGACCAGAGGGGCAUGGUCGGCGGGGAUGGAGACUAGGGGGAUGGGUUUACCCUCCUUACACCUUACCUACCCAGCACACUCACUCCUUCCCCACCCUACCUCAGCACACUCAACCACAUACGCAACACCAUACUCCAACCUUAACAAACAACUAAAUCACACAUAGUUAAAACACUUGAAAACACAUGAAUAACGUCACACAAUCAAGAUCAGACUGACAUGACUAAUAAAGAACCCCGAACCACACUGGAACGACCACUCCUCAGGAACUAACCACACACUCAAUAGGACCGCUCCAGGCCCGGGACUCAGAGGAUUACCAUACCAAUCACAAACACAAUAAACUCGGAGACCAUACACAUUCGCCUCAAACAACAACAAAAUAUGCAAGCCAAUUAUAUAUUUAAGAGAACAACUCACUACAAGAUGCAGAAGACCACAACCUGCAGAAAAAGAUGAGAGCUUUAUAACAUACACCCAAGCAACUAACACAACCAUAAUACUCGGAGAGAACACCACACAAAAACAUCACCGAUCACCACCUCACAACACCUCAUUGUAAGGGAAUACAACUAACCCUAACACGUUAUUACAAGCCCGGAAAGACCCACGAACCCCAACAGUUCACAAUCAAGACACCAACCACACUACCCCGAACAAAGAUACACACACCCCACCACCAGAAGACCCAUAAGCCCAAAGGACACGAGACAUAAACCUACAGAUAUACCACUCCAAAACAACGAAUGAGGUAAAUGAUAACCAACAGACUGAGGACGUGAUCACCGCAUACCACACAGUAAGAGUAACAAACCCACACACUCAUGACGGGCAACGAGAACCAACACCCGAAAUACCUAAUGAUUCUAAGUUCAUACUUAAUCGAAACACGUAACAACAAAGAAAUGUAAACCAUGCCUACCAUAUAACACACCCUGUAAUAACAGAAUGGAUGUUUACAGACAAAAACCAAUCACACACAGGCACUAUUAGGGACACUACACCACCUACCUAGACCGAUACAUCCAGAAGCCUAACUCGCACCACCAAUAGAGAUUAAUGAAACAAUACUCAGAAAGGUCUUGGUUAACUCAAUUGGGCCUGUGAGUCCAUCACAACUGAUAGAUAAAUGCUUACUGUUUUCACUGUUCAUGGAGGCCUGCGAGCCUCGCUGUUUCAAAUGUUCUACUGUUACAUACUUAUGCUGUUAUGAACAUAACCACCAAAAAGUUAUAAAAAUCACAUUUACUUAAAAUGUAUCAAUAGUGACAUUGUAACACUAUUAUCUGUCCUAAAUCUCUGAAUCACACCCCACAUGUACAUAUUUUUUUAAAGUAGACAGCCCAUGGUAUUCAGUAUGGGGUAUGUCCAGUCUUUUUUAGUAGCCACUUAGUCACAAACACUGGCCAAAGUUAGUGUUCAUAUUUGUGUGUGAAAAAAGUAAAAAACUAAAUUAAACGUUAAUUUUGGCCAGUGCUUGUGACUAAAUGGCUACUAAAAAAGACUGGACAUACCCCAUUUGCAAUACUUUAGGUUGUCUUCUUUUGCAAAUGGUAUGCCAUCAUGGGGGUAAUUCUCAUUCCUGGGCUACCACACGCUCUCAAAGGCAACAGAACCAACCGGGCAAUUUUCAAUGUAAAAAUAUUUGACCGUUAUAUUCGACCCUGUAACUUUCAAAAACGCUAUAAAACCUGUACAUGGGGGGUACUGUUAUACUCGGGAGACUUUGCUGAACACAAAUAUUAGUGAUUCAAAACAGUAAAACGUAUAAACAAUUAUAUCAUCAGUAAAAGUGCUGUUUGUGUGUGAAAAAUGCAAAAAAAGUCACUUUCACUGACUAUAUCAUCGCUGUGAUAUGUUUUACUGUUUUGAAUCACUAAUAUUUGUGUUCAGCAAAGUCUCCCGAAUAUAACAGUACCCCCCAUGUACAGGUUUUAGGGUGUCAUAGAAAGUUACAGGGUAAAAUACAGUGCUAGCAAAUUAAAUUUUCUGGACUUUCUGCCUGGGUUUUCAGGCAGGUCCCUCAAAUUGCAAUCAAUAAAAUUAGUUAAUUAUGUAAAAAUAUUACAUAAAUACGCACAUAGAAUUUAAACAUGCAUAUUUAUAUAUUUGAAGUCUACGUGUAUAUUUAUAUAAUUAUUUAUGUAAUUUUGUAUAUGGACAUAUGUAUAUUUCGUAUUUUUAUUUAUACAUUCAUACAUAGAUAUAUAUACAAUUUCAUUCUAAGUGUAUUUUGAUAUAAACAUAUAUAUUAAUAUCAAAAUACAGUUAGAAUAAAAUUUCAUAGAUAUAUAAUUUUUACAUUUUUAUUAUUUUUACAUUUUUAAUUUACUUAUUUAUAUUUAUAGUUAGUGGAUAUUUAUAUGUAGUUAGUGGAUAGUUAAUACAAUGUUAAACAAAAAUCUGCACACCAGCCAAGCCAUAAGACUUGCUUUUCCCACAGAAAUCCCAAAUCUGCAGUGAUGUUACAACCGCAAAGGAUUCUGGGUGGGCAUAUGCAAAUUAGUUUAACAAAAAAUCACAUUUUUGCCUUAUAAGUGUAUUUUUUUAUAUUCAUAUAUGUAUAUAAUAUAAAAAUACACUUAGUAUGAUAUAUAUAUAUAUAUAUAUAUAUAUAUAUACAUAUAUUAUAUAGAUAUAUACAUAGAUAUAUAUGCACACACAUAUAUAAUUAUUUAUUACCAUUAACAGUUUUUAAUAUUUUUUAUUUUACACUAGCAGGGAGAAUGCCUGUCAGCGCAGGCAGUCCCCCUGCAGGCAGACACUAGGACACCUAUUGUGACCAUGUGACUGCUCUGUUGAGCGAUCACAUAGCCCCCGGGGUCCUAAUUCGCCGCGGGGAGACUGCCUGGGCUGCAGCUCCCUCGUCGCCUCCGUAAUUAGUCAGCAGAGCCUACUUCAACUAAUUUUGCGCCAUGAGCCACCUGCCUGUUGGCCGCCCGUUUCCGCUCAGUAUGAGCCACCUGCCUGUAUAGAUUCUAAAAAAUCUAUUUUAUUAGCUAAAACUCCUAUAAAAAUGCUAGCUGCUUUAUAAAUGUAUUGUUGUUUGUUCAAGAUUUUUUUUAAUUUAAAUGCACCAUGUUGCUAAUGUUAAAUACUGCAAAAUAGGUAGUAAUUAUUGUAGCUCAAAGAAAUCUAUAUUGUACAGGUCUAGCAUAUGGACACAUUUUAUUUUAUUUUAUAUUGUAUAUAUAUAUAUAUAUAUAUAUAUAUAUAUAUAUAUAUCUAUAUCAAGAGGGGGUUGGCUGCACUCACCUUAACAUGCAUAAAUGGGGGUGCUGCUGGGGGCCAAAUAAUACAAUACACAAGAUCCAGCGCACUCACCUAUCCACUAAACAGCAACUUCAAUGUUGAAAGAUUUUAUUUGUUUUUUAAAUUUGUCUUGUGUGUUGUAGAGAUAUAUAUAUAUAUAUAUAUCUAUCUCUCUCUAUUUAUCUAUCUCCUAAUGUAGAAAGUCACAUGGAUUGGGUAAAUAAACAUUUAUUAUAAAUAAUGCUAAAACCUAAUAAUAAUGGUACUAUAUACACCAAAACAAUGUGUAUAAAUAGUAAUAGAGUGAUCACCAACACCUAUAGAAGCUUGGGCAGGCUAAUCCUAGAAAGUCACAUUACUAAAUAUAAGGUUCAGAUGAGUAGGUAAUAUAUGCCUCUAGACGCUCAGUGGAUUCGCCUAAAUAACCUAGUAUAUAUGUGACAACAUGGUCUAGUCUAGUCAUACAGUUGAAGAAAAAAUAGCGCUAAUGGGAUAGUAGGUGCCUGGCAGUGGUUAUGGUGCCGACAGCAGAAAAAGGCAGAACUGUAGUCACAGGUAUAGGCGCCCGGACUAAGCCCCUGACGAAGGUGCAUCUCUCGUCACCGAAACGUACGUUGGGCGUUUUUUCUGCACUGGGCACUGGUGUUUGGAGCACCAUGAUCACCAUUUAAUUUAACUUUAUUUUAUAUCGUUUUCUUCUUUUCUUUCCUAUGCCUAUCUAGCUAGCUUUACAGGGAGAGAGGCUUUAUUAAUGCUAAUUAUCAGUCUGUUUUUGACUGAUUUUUUUACUUCUAUUUUCAGUCCUUAUCUCUCUCUGUUUUUCUUAAUAUGUUUCUAGUGUGACCAGGAUACUUCCUAGGAUGCAUGGAUUAUAGAGACUUAGCUACUGUAUACUCCUAUCCCUAUAGCAGAUCACAAUAAAGCUUAAUUAUAAGGGGGAGUGAGGUUAUCUUUUUUACUAUCUCUUGAUCUAUACUACCCUGGGCUGGCAUAGGAUUGUAGGUUCACUUGUAUAUACUUUGUUUAAUUAGGGUCUCUGACCAUAUUAUUUCUAAUAGCCAGGUUCUAUAUUUGGAACAUCGCGCUAUACAUAGAUAUAUUUUUUCCAGUCAAUGCAGUAAGUUUCAUUCAUAUAAUUGAGACGGUCUGCAUAUUUCUUUGUUCUUGUGUUUAUAUUUGGGGUUAAGCCCCUCUGAGACAGCUGGAGUCUCAUACUGGUACGUUGGUCUCUGCGUGACCCCUGCAGCCACUGCCCCCCUUUUGGGGAGGUUUUGAGGUGGUGGGUGCGGCGGCUAUACAGGGACUUGGAACGUUGUGUUCCUUGCUCUCUUUUUUGUAAGUCCUAAGGUGUCUAGAAUGGAGAAUUGAAGGUAGUUAGAGUAUAUUAAUGUCCCAUAGGUAAAGCAUUCACCCUUGUCACAAACAAAGGCGGAGGGUGAAGUAGCCCCUGUCACACUCUGACAUAAAUAGCCAAAGUGGUGGCAGCAAAAGCAAUUGCAUAAUGGGUAAUAAAACUGCCUAAAAAAUGGUAAACCUAUCCUUAUGGAGUAAAACCUCCCAGUAUUAAGGUUAAGAGAGACACCCUAGGACGCCCUGGACUAACUGUCUAGCCUAAAAUGGCAAAACUCACUGCUCCUUCAUGGCAGCCAAAUGAAAUCCCUAAAAAGCUAUAAGAAAUGCUUCAGUGCAUGACUAUCCACCUGGGCUCCCACGGCGUUCAAGAAAGAAAAAAAAGUGGUAUCAGCUGAUAUUAGCCAAUGCUAUUACUUUGAACGGAGUUUCCACUUCUUUUCGUGUGUGUGUGUAUAUGUAUGUGUGUAUAUGUGUGUGUGUGUGUGUAUGUAUAUGUGUGCGAUUAACUAAGCGUGAGUGCAAGGGUGGGUGUGUGUGUGUGUGUGUGUAAUAUAUAUAUAUAUAUAUAUAUAUAUAUAUAUAUAUAUAUAUAUAUAAUUACACACACACACACACACACACCCUUGCACUCACGCUUAGUUAAUGCUAACGCCGGGUACAUGCGCCAGAGCUCCAAUAGACACAAAUAUCAAAAAGGAAUGGCUGCUCACCGGACUUAAAAACAAUGGCCCCGAUGGAUGGCGGGUGAGACACACCUGGGUGAGUUCCUUUACUAAUUAUAUCACUAUAUAAUGUUUGCCUGUAUGCAUAAUAGAUGUUGUCCUGUUAUUUAGACCCUGAAGAAAGUCCCGAAUGGGGACUGAAACGUUGGUCGAAUUUUAACAUUAUACAAUAAUUUUAUUUUUAUUUUUUAAGUCCGGUGAGCAGUCAUAUAUAACUAUCUCUCUCUCUCUCUAAUUUAUAUAUAUAUAUAUAUAUAUAUAUAUAUAUAUAGUGUAUAUGUAUGUGUGUGUGUGUGUGUGUAUAUGUAUGUAUGUAUGUAUAUGUGUGUGUGUGUGUAUAUGUAGAGAGAGAAAUAAAAUAUAUAUAAUCUCUCCCUCUCCCUCUCCUCCCAUACCAGUAGAGAAGAUGACCAGCACUCACGGAUUCCAAUAAGUAGUUAAAAGUUAUAAAUUUAUUAAUCCAUCUUUAAAAAGCUGCUCAACGUUUCAGUCCACGUUUGGGACUUUCAUCAGGAAAGUCCCAAACGUGGACUGAAACGUUGAGCAGCUUUUUAAAGAUGGAUUAAUAAAUUUAUAACUUUUAACUACUUAUUGGAAUCCGUGAGUGCUGGUCAUCUUCUCUACUGAUAUAUAUUUCUAUCUCUCUCUAUAUAUAUCUCUAUCUCCCUACAGAAAUACUCAGAUUUAUUUCCUAUUGUUCUAAAUGUAAGUUGUGUGUAGUUGCUAUUCUGCUUCAUUCUAAUUUUUGGUUUUCUGUGUUUUAGAUCCGAGACAAUCAAAGGUUAAGAGUGAAUGCUGUUUGCUCUCCACAGGAGUCAUUUGCAGACCGAAACCCUACGAGACCUAUAAGUGAACUACAGUAAGCUAUCAACUGAAUUUUGAGAAAAGUCCUGCCCAGUGCAAGAUCAUGCUCCAAGUUAAAAAAAAAGUGUUUCCUAGUUUUAGUUUUUUUUUUUUUCUUUUACAUUAAAAAACAAUGUGCAUAAAAAAUUUGAAAAUAGGUCAGAAAGGAAAAACCUUUAAAUUGAUGGAACUUUUAGACCAUCACGCUAUUUAACAAUGUCCAGAUUUUGUAGAGAACGAGCAUGACUAUGGUCUUAAUUUAGUUGGAUCAAAAGCAGCCGGACGGAUGAAAUCUAUGGCUGAAUUGUUAAAAUAAGAACACGGAUGCUUCAAUUCUGGGUUCAGAUUUUAAAACCACAAAUUAUUUGCCCACUGGCAGAGCAGCACUACCAAAUCUUUUAAGCAUUAACAUUUUUUGGCAGGCAACCAUUGCUGUCCAAUUGCUAGAAACACCUCAUUCCAUAUGGGUGGCAAAAUUUAAAAUUAAUACUCCACCCAUGGGCUGCUGAUAGAGGCUACUAAUAAAAUAUACACUUGUUCACACCCCACACACUUGUGCCAGUCCCUCCUCUACCCCAUAGAUACCAUGGGAAAGGGCCUUUCUUCCAACUGGGCAGCAAUGGCUCCCCAGUCACUAGUUUAUAUUUACAGUGAGCAGCUACUGCUGUCCACUGUUUAGGAAAUAUGCCCAUACUUUCUGCAGAUUGGAUCCUUAAAGUUUAAUUUUAAAUUUUUUUUAUUUUUUCAUUUUAUUGUGGCAAACUUAACUAAAGCAAAUGAAUGAUCAUUUACAAACCUGUUUUAUAAAUAUUCUAAAUCCCUAUACUUGUAUAGAGUAUGGAUGUGAAAAGCACUGUUUAAUCCAGACACUGAAUGCAUCUGACCGAUUGGUGCAGAUAAGGUCUGUUGAGUUUGCAGAUUUCCAACUGGAGUGAGCUUUAGUAAAUAUGAGAAUUGCCAUUUUAGUUAUAAUUAAGGCAUUUUCACUGGAUUUUGUCCAUACGAGGACAUUCUGUGUUUAGUAUAUUAUGAAAGUCACCCUUUGCAAGGUACGCUAUAGCUUAAUGUAGUUGUUUUUUGUCAGUAUUGUAUGUCCAUGCAGAGAAAAUUGUUUACAUUACAGCCUAGUAAUACCUCCAGUGGCCACUCCUCAGACUGGGUCCAUGUAGAUGGACCCGCGUGGCGCUGGAAAUUAGGUAGGUUUUCUUAUUAUUUAAGGGGCAGAAGAGGGGGGAAGCAGGGACCCUACAUGUGUUCUUGACCCUAUAGUAUUCCAUUAAGCUAAAAUCGCAGAUUUGGCAAAUUUCUCUUAAUUCCACUUUAGUCUUGACCAUCUUUCCCUGUUUUGCAAUUUAGAUUUGAAAUUGCUAAUUUUGACUUUAGUGAAUAAACCCGGAAUUAUAAUUUCUUAAAAACAGAUUUAUAGUUUUGUAACAAUAUACAAUAUAGAUAAAUUGGCGCUACAAUAAAAAUUGAAUUAAAAUCUGAUAUGCAGCACCCGCUAUCAACCUUGGUAAUAGGGUACAGGUAGUAGAUAACAAAAAGUGCUGGUGCGCAGGAAUUAAAAAAAAAAAAAAAGAAAAAAGAAAACACCUCAAGUGUUAAUAUAUAUCAUAAAGUGCUUUUAAAGUACAUACAAAGUGGAACUGGUGUUAUCCCACAUUACAAACACAUCUAUCAAACACACAUUUGCAUAUACUUAUAACCUGUAAGUAUGCACUGUUGAUUUCUGCAAGUAGGAGACAAAAGGGGACAAAACAAGCACUCCUAGUGCAAUAAAGUUAUUAAAAUCAUAUAAAAGACUAAAACCCUUUGAAAGAAUAAAACUCACAAAUUAGGAGUGGUAUUAGCCCCAUUCAAAGCUAUAACGCCCAAGGAGGAUCAGUCCCUAGAGUACGUGGGAUCCAAUAGAUGCUCUGGUGACCCGGGUAACCGGUAAAAAAAAAAAAUGUAUUGGUAUGUAAAAAAAGCUUUAGCAGCAAAACAAAUGUUAAGAUCUAUAGUUUGUGUUUACACCUUUUUUUCUUUUUCUUUUCUUUAAUGUAUGAUACAUGAUAGGGAUGCAUGAUUUUGAAAAUAUUUUCUGCAAUUAAUAGGAUCAUUAUGAUCAUUAAUUUUAAUGAAAACUUCCCCUCCUUUUCUACCACACAGACGAUAUGGCUUUUUCUCCUACUUAAGAGAAUUGUUCGAUGCUCCUCCACCUGUAAUGAGUUAUCUGUGUUCUCAGUAUUUUGUGCAUGAAGUGCCUGUGGGAACCGAACAGACCAGAUCUGUUAUUGAAAAAGUAAGAUCUCUAAGAGCUCUGAUACGAAUUGGUACUAUCCUGGUGUUGUAUACAGUAAAGAAACACUCAAUAUGAUUCAGUAGCAGAUGAAGUUACUUCCUGUCAUGCUGUGAUGUUAUGUUAAGAGUACUCCUAGGUCACUCUGCAGGCCAAAUGUAUUCCUGAUAUUUGUAAAGAUGCUAUGGAGAUCUCUUCAUAUGCUGCUCUCUGCUCAUGAACCAUGUAAAUCUGUAUGCUUGCGUAUAUAUCUAUAGUGACAUGGAGAGCACAAAUUCUUACCUUGUAAGAUACAAAUCUAUUUGGCACAUUGCUUUACAUUAGUCAUAGUGCAUGCAUAUGUUGUUUCAAACCAAUAUACAGCUGCACUUGGAGUGACAUUUGUGCCACUCUGGUGACUCCCAGAGGUUUGCAUGAACACCCCGGGUAUUGUAAACUGUAAUCCAAAUGUAAACACAAAGAUAAAGCACUGCGCUUACAGCAGCAGUAGCUUAGUAUCCAACAGCUCAAAAUACAUAUUAAAAACAAAGACAAUGUUACCUGCACUCUGGCUUGAUGUGGCAGGUGAUCUUAUAUUCAAAUGGCCAUUGGAAUAAAACUAAAGAGCCUCCAUUUUGUUUAAAUGUACAUAGGGAUUUAGGCCAGAGCGCAGGUAACGUUCUCUUUGUAAGUCAAAUGUGGCGAAUUAAAAAAAAGAAUCGUAAUCCAGUUUGUGCUGCAUUUUGCUACCUUCAGCUGCUUCACCGGGGGCAUCUUUUGCCAGCACGGAACAAAAGUUCUAAUGUGAAUUCCAUUCAUGCUGAUAGCAGACAACAGGCAUCAGUUUGCACUGUGGGCUUCUAUACCAGGAAUCGUUGAGUGACAGAGUAAACCUUUGUUGCUGUUCUGCUCCGUUUUUGUUUGAUCAGUAUUCCCCCUGGAGUGGGUGUGGAAAGCAUAAGGAAUAAGAAGCUGGUAAAUAUGAAAUAAAAAUAUAAACCUGCUUUUUUCAGCCUGCAGAGUGAGGCAACUGUCUCAUUCAAAGCUAAAGGAUUUGAAUGAGACAUUUGUCUCAAAGUGAUAAAUGUCCCUUUAAUAUUAAAGAAUUACUUUAUUUAUUCAUAGAACAUUUAAAUGUAAUGCUUAAAAUGACACUCUAGACACCCACUUUCCAGACAACCACCAGAGGCACUUUCUGGUCCCAAACAGAGUUUUCUACGUCAAAUUAUGUUACACUUUGCAUGAGGAUGCCCAACAUUGUCAAAUUCCCCAUAGGAAAAUAUUAAUUCAUUGCUUUGCGGGAGGAGGAGACCUAUUCAGCACCAAUGUAGCUUUGCCAAUGGAAAGAGGUAAGUGAAAAAAGGGGUUUAACCCUUUAAUCGCUGGAUGGAGAAGGGGCCCAUUUAGUUAAAAACUGGGACACUUUAGCGUUUUGAAUACAGGUUUGUAUUCCGAACACUAUAGUGUUCCUUAAAGGUAUGAUUUGGAUGUAAAUUAAGAUGAUGUAAUAGUGGGGUGUUUAUUUUAAUAAUUUUUUUAACUCUUGAAUAUUUGGUCAUUUCAAUGAAGUGUUUUCAGGAACAUCACUUACUACUUUUUAUGUUUUUUUGUGUUUUUUUUAGGUUAUUAAGGAAACUAGAUUACGACAAAUGUAUACAGCGGAAGAAAAAUACUCAACAAAAGUGUCUGCUUACACAAACAAAGUUAUUUCUAGCAAUAUCUCUCUAAAGACAGCACAGUUUCUAACUGUGACAGUGGAUGCCGAAGAAAGGCGGCAGUUAGAAGAACAGUUAAGGGUUAGUGACUUCAUUUUAUUUUUGAAUGCUUUUAUAUGUGAAUCCGCACUGGAGACAUUGUUUUAUAAAUUAUGUAAACUAGUUAUUAUUUAUAUAGUGCUAGCAAAUUCCGUAGUGCUGUACAAUGGGUGGCCUAACAGACACGUAGUGGGCGCAAAAUGGACAAAUGGGCGCACAGCAACAGAGGGCCCUGCUCAAUGAGCUUACAGGAAUGGGGUAUAGUGACACAAAAGGUAUAAGGAGGGGUAAUGAAAUAGGUUGCUAGAAAAAUAUUCACUGAGAACUUAGGUUAUUUUUGACAGUUACAGGAGAUGAGUCAUGGGGGGAGAAUGAAAACCUGCUAAGGUUAAAUGAUAUGCUUUCCUGAAGAAGUGUUUUCAAAGAUUUUUUGACGAAGUGAAAACUGGGUGAGCAUCUAACAACGGAGAAGGGAAGGGAGUUCCACAGAAAAGGUGCAGGCCUGGAGAAAUCUUGGAGGCGAGCAUCAGAUGUGGGAGUACAGACAGAGGAUAGACAUAGGUCUUAGGCAGAGCGCAGAGGACAUACUUGUGUAUUAGGGAGGAUAGAUAGGUUGGAGCAGCAUUAUGUAGGGACUUGUAAGCAAGCACAAGAAUCUUAAAUUGAGCCCUAUAUCUAAUUGGAAGCCAUUGUAGGGAAUGGCGUGGGAGGUGCAGCUGGAAAAUGUGCCUCGCCACCACAUUCGUUAUAGAUUGCAGCGGUGCAAUCUGGGAACACGUAACACCAGUAAGAAGGGGGUUGCAGUAGUCAAGACAAGAAAGAGCUACGGCAUGGACCAGCAGCUUAGUCGUGUCUGGUGUUAAAUAGGGGCGGAUGGAAGCGUCAGGAUUUGGCGAUCAACUGGACUUGAGGGGUGAAGGAGAGGUCAGAGUCAAAAAGAACACCUAGGCAGCAAGCCUACAAUGUAGAGGUGAUGGUGACGCCGCUGACUUGGAGGGAGACAGACACGGGAGUAGCAACACUUGAGGGUGGAAAGACCAGAAGUUCUGUUUUGGACAGGUUGAGUUUAAGGAAGAGAGCAGUCAUCCAGUUGAAAUCGCGAAGAGGCAGUCCAAGACAUAACUCAAGAUGGGUGGAGAGAGAUCAGGAGAGGACAAGUAGAUUUGCGUGUCAUCUGCAUAUAAAUGAUAAUGGAAGCCAAAGGAGCUGAUAAAUUUACCAAGGGAGGCAGUAUAGUAGGGGACCAAGGACAGAACCUUGGGAAACACCAACAGAGGGGUUGGGGAGUUGGAUGCUUACAAUGUUAGUGCGUGCUGUGUUUUCUCUUUCCUAAGUUUCAAAAUAGAAUUUAGUCACUCACCAUCUAUGCAACAGAGAAUAUACUUCUAAGUUGUAUGUGAGAGAGUCUAUAAUGACUACAUUUAUUGCACACGUCACCUCUUUCAUUUACUCUAAAACUAAAUGAAUAAAAACAGAGUAUACUUGGUCCCGUUGGCCUGUUCUCAGACCAGUCCUUAAAAGGCAAUUAUGUGUUACUUUUUUUUGCCCCAAGCGGAUAAUUACUAAGCGGCUCCAUCAAUGGCUUAACAGCAUUGGCCACUAAUUUUAAGUCUUUUUGUGCACCCUCCACUGAGUUUAUAUCUCCCAGUUGGGAUAAAAGUAAUUUUUAAAUAUUGGGUUAUUUUCUAGUUUAUGUAAAUGGUUAAAGUAAAUACUGAAUAUGGUUUAACUUAAAUGUAGUAUAUAAUAGUAUAUGAUGCAUCAAGGCUUAUUAGCUUCUUUUUUUAAACUCUCAUUAUCCACGUUUUACUUUUUUAACAGUAGUAUGCGUUCUUCCCUUCACCUGAUAUUUGUACUAUCCGCUCUGGGGUCCAGAUUAGGUGUGCGGGUGGACCAAUGUUUCCCGUUUUAGGGUAUCUGCCUGUUGCUGCUAUGGUUGAGGGCUGGGGUUGGUAGCCGAGUGGGCUUUUUGAUAUCUGGGCAGUGAUAUGUAGUAGGUGAUGACUUGGGUGACCUUGGGAGGCUCUGUUCAUUUGGCACCGUCUUGGUGAGAAAGAUCUGAAUGUGCAGUGUAGUUUAGUUGUGUGGAGUGGUAACUGGUGGAGAUUAAAGGACCACUCUAGGCACCCAGACCACUUCAGCUUAAUGAAGUGGUCUGGGUGCCAGGUCCUUCUAGGCUUAACCCAUUUUUUCUUAAUUAUAGCAGUUUCAGAGAAACUGCUAUAAUUAUGAAUGGGUUAAGCCUUCCCCCAUUCCCUCUAGUGGCUGUCUCAUUGACAGCCACUAGAGGCGCUUGCGUGCUUCUCACUGUGAUUUCACAGUGAGAGCACGCAAGCGUCCAUAGGAAAGCAUUGUAAAUGCUUUCCUAUGCGACGGGCUGAAUGCGCGCGCAGCUCUUGCCGCGCGUGCGCAUUCAGCCGGCGGGGCGUAACGGAGGCGGAGAGGAGGAGGAGAGCUCUCCGCCCAGCGCUGGAAAAAGGUAAGUUAUUACCUCUUUCCCCCUUCCAGAGCCGGGCGGGAGGGGGACCCUGAGGGUGGGGGCACCCUCAGGGCACUAUAGUGCCAGGAAAACGAGUAUGUUUUCCUGGCACUAUAGUGGUCCUUUAAUGUAUCUAACAGAGGAGAGGAAGGGAGGACUUAGAGGGGUAGAGUGGAACAAGUUGUCAGAAUUAGUGGAAUAUAUGGCCGGGCAGUAGGUUGGAAUUGGGAACUUGAAGAGCCAGGGGUCCCAUAUUUUGUCACAGUGUUUGGUUGUGUUGUGGACUAGGGCUGAAAGACUGUCUGGCCUUGUCUGUCUUUUUUUACGUCACCCAUGGUCGGGACUGUGGCUGCGCCAAAGUGUUUCGCGAUGGAUCUCCUGGUCGCUAGUGCUAGUUUGGGCAGUAAUUUAUUUUGUGCCCGGGGUAUGUCCCUCACAGGUUUGGAGAGCUGCCACAGCCAGGGGUCCCUAGGGAUGGUCGUGUGUAAGAUUUUAGAGACUAGGGUUGUAACUUUCGUCCAUAGUUGGGCUAUUUAGUGGCAUUACCACCAAAGGUGAUAGUACGUCCGCAGCCCUUCCAGCACAGGUCGGAGGUGGACAUACCCAGUGACUUUUUAAUGUAUCUCUUUUCCCAGAUGGCACUGUUGAGGUUUGAAUAGACUUGCGUUUAUCUCACAUGCAAGGGUUUUAACUUAAAAGGUUUUUCAUAACAUGAUUCAGCUUGAUAGCUCCAUAUUCCUGCAUACUCUGCCUGUAUUAUUACAAGAAAGGUAAUAGGGAGGAGUCUGGCAACUAUAGGCCAGUAAGCCUUACUUCAGUAGUGGGGAAAGUGAUGGAAACCAUGUUAAAGGAUAGGAUUGAUGAACAUCUAAAAACACAUGGAUUUCAAGAUCAGAGACAACAUGGGUUUACUUCAGGGAGAUCAUGCCAAACUAAUCUUAUUGAUUUUUUUGAUUGGGUAACUAAAAUUAUAGAUCAGGGUGGUGCAGUAGACAUUGCUUACCUAGAUUUCAGUAAGGCUUUUGACACUGUUGCACAUAGAAGGCUUAUCAAUAAACUGCAAUCUUUAAGUUUGGAUUCCAAUAUUGUUGAAUGGGUAAGGCAGUGGCUGAGUGACAGGCAACAGAGGGUUGUAGUUAAUGGAAUAUAUUGAAGCUUGGACUUGUCACCAGUGGGGUACCUCAGGGAUCUGUACUUGGACCCAUUCUCUUUAAUAUUUUUAUUAGUGAUAUUGCAGAAGGUCUUGAUGGUAAGGUAUGUCUUUUUGCUGAUGAUACUAAGAUAUGUAACAGGGUUGAUGUUCCAGGAGGGAUAAGCCAAAUGGCAAAUGAUUUAGGUAAACUAGAAAAAUGGUCAGAAUUGUGGCAACUGACAUUUAAUGUGGAUAAGUGCAAGAUAAUGCAUCUUGGGCGUAAAAACCCAAGGGCAGAGUACAGAAUAUUUGAUAGAGUUCUAACCUCAACAUAUGAGGAAAGGGAUUUAGGGGUGAUUAUUUCUGAUGACUUAAAGGUAGGCAGACAAUGUAAUAGAGCAGCAGGAAAUGCUAGCAGAAUGCUUGGUUGUAUAUGGAGAGGUAUUAGCAGUAGAAAGAGGGAAGUGCUCAUGCCAUUAUACAGAACACUGGUGAGACCUCACUUGGAGUAUUGUACACAGUACUGGAGACAGUAUCUUCAGAAGGAUAUUGAUACCUUAGAGAGGGUUCAGAGAAGGGCUACUAAACUGGUUCAUGGAUUGCGGGAUAAAACUUACCAGGAAAGGUUAAAAGGAUCUUAACAUGUAUAGCUUGGAGGAAAGACGAGACAGGGGGGAUAUGAUAGAAACAUUUAAAUAUAUAAAGGGAAUCAACACAGUAAAGGAGGAGACUAUAUUUAAAAGAAGAAAAACUACCACAACAAGAGGACAUAGUCUUAAAUUAGAGGGACAAAGGUUUAAAAAUAAUAUCAGGAAGUAUUACUUUACUGAGAGGGUAGUGGAUGCAUGGAAUAGCCUUCCAGCUGAAGUGGUAGAGGUUAACACAGUAAAGGAGUUUAAGCAUGCGUGGGAUAGGCAUAAGGCUAUCCUAACUAUAAGAUAAGGCUAGGGACUAAUGAAAGUACUUAGAAAAUUGGGCAGACUAGAUGGGCCGAAUGGUUCUUAUCUGCCGUCACAUUCUAUGUUUCUAUGUUUCUAUAACGACCUGCACAAAAAUCUUACAAGCACUGUCAGACAGGAAGCUGUACAUCAUCCUUGCUGACUAGACAAGGUAGUCAAGUACUGAGGUGAUGAGAAUUUACAGGAUUUUGUGUGCUCCAGAAGACAGGGGGCUCUUACCAAUGAAGAUAUUGUAUUUAUGUUGAGCUUUUUCUCUUUCAUUAGGUUAUCAGUUUAAAAAAAAAAAAAGAACAUUUUAGAGAUACGGAAUUGCUUCAUUUUAUUUGUGGCUGUCUGUUAUUGCUACUGUUUUAUCACAUUAGGGAGAGUUGAUGCUUUUGUCAUGAUACUCAAUAGAAUUUUUAAUAUUUAAUCCUCAAAUUUAGCUUGUAGUAAUUAAAAUUAUUGAAUACAAUUAAGCCCUUCAUUUUGCCCAUGUCAACUUUAGUUGUCACUUAAUUUUGUGGUAACAAAAUAUUUCAUUAAAAUUAUUUAAAAUACUUUAUUUCUUUAUUUCUAAAAAUGGAAAUUGUUAUUAAUGGGGUCUGAUUGCAGAAGGAUAAAAUGCACAAAUACACCGUAAUGUAUUUUGUUUAUUUUCAGGAUAUUCAGAAACGUUGCCUUCUUCUAGAAUCUCACUGGAAAGAACUGGUUAACAAACAGAAACUUCUAGAUAAAAGAGAUAAUGAACUGAGACAGAGGAAAAAAGAAAUACUGGAUGUGAGAGCAAAAAAACGGCAACUAGAACAAAGAAUUAGUACUAGACUUGACAGGUGAGAUGCUUACUAGGUUAUGGUUUACUAGAAAGUAAAACUGAACAAAAGAGAAUUUAAAUAUUACAUUCUAUACAAAAGCAACUUCCUGCUUGUAAAUAAUAGAGCUGUUCCAGUGUGAGUUACUUUUAUAUAAACUUCCCUAGCAACGUGCACACAGUUUAAACAGUGUACCACGGUUUGAGAGGUCAGCACAUUUAUGGGUAUGCGGAGUCACAAUUUUCAAACAUAGUAUUUGUCAGCAAGCUUACAUAUAAUCAAUUUGUCUUCAAAAGACUAAAUAUUCAAACUAGAUUUUAUGAAGUUAAACAAUAAAAUGGACACCAAAUACCUUCACAAUCCAUUAUUGUAAAGUGCAUGUAAUGUAUUAGCAUAUGUACAUAACAUAAAGUGCAUAAAUAAAUUCAAACUCUAUAGAACAAAGUGCUUAUAUGUGCAAUCACUUGUAAAGGUAAAAUACAAUAUUAUUUAUAAAAGUGCCAAUUUUUAUACCAAUUUGUCAAGUCUUCUGGAAUCAGCCAUUUAUAUAAUUAAUCAAAAGCAAAAAAGAAAACAAACAAUAGUGCUGAUAGUCUUAAAAACAUAAGUAAAACACACUCAUAUAGACUUCUAAAUGCUGCCGGAAUUCGGGGAUGAGGUGAUGUGAGCACGUCACGUCUCGUUUGAGGGGGGAGGAGUUGUGGAUAGAGAAGCGGCAGGAGAUCUGAGGAGGUUGCAGUGGACGUGACGGAUGCUGGAUACAGAAGAGAGAGAGCAGGGAACGGUGACCGGAGAGACCGGUGCAGAUAUCGAACGGAGAGUGACCUGAGCGUACAUUGGGUACCGUUAGUGGCGCCGUGAGUGGGAAGCCCUGAAAGCUGGGGGCAGCUGUAUACCGCCGUAUGUCUAGAUACUUAGACCCGAUAUCAAGAAGGGAUAAUACAUAGUCUAUAUAGGAGUGCAUUUAUUAUUCUCCAUUUUUGAGAUAAGAGGCUGUAUUCUUCCUUUUGGCAGAUGGCUGGGAGAGAUGAACGCAAAUAGAGGAACCCCUUGCAUAUUUUUUUUUUUUUAAUUUUUAAUUUAUUUAUUUUUUUGUACAAGGGCUGAUUAUAUUUAUUUUAUAAGGACUGUUUAUAUUUACUUAAUACCAUAGCAUAUACUACCUGCUACUAUUUGCUACUAUCUGCUACCAUCUGUUAUUACCAAUUACCAAUAACUGGGGUUAUUACCUUCCACUAUUUUGCCAUUGACACUAAUAUUUCCAUAAUCACUACUACCGCGUACCCCAUAUUAGUGCAAUUAAUUAGCACUUAUGUGUUGACUUUCUUUUCGUGGUUUUUCUCUUUUUCUUUCUCCUUUUGAUAUACUGCAAGGAGGUUGAAUAAGUGGUUUAUAAGAGGCUUGAUAAACGGCCGAAAACAACUGAAGGAGGGACGUAUAAACGAAUAAUUAGCCGCUCUGAAGACACUGAGCGGAAAUCGAUAUAUAGUGAAUAGUGAAAAUAUUGCUGAAUAUCGCCAUACCGCGCAGCAUAUUUUAUAUGCUAUAUUGGAUUUGAUUUUUAGUGUACUCUUAGUAGGCUAUAAGAGUUGCAUAGACUCAAAGCUAAUCAGCUCUGAGCUACUCUCUGGUUACAGGGGGGCUAUAAAGGUUUAAAUUAACCCUUUAUUCGACCAUCUAGUAUUAAGAUUUUGACAAGGCAAAGUGCUGCUGUAUCCAGGCGAAUUAUCAACAUACUUGGAGAAGCUUGCAUACUAUGACCUAUUUGGAGAGAGAAUGGGACCUAAAUAAAAAGCACCAGACAGCGUUAAACGCUACGUCUAAACCCACUAUACCAACAAUAUCACCACAAGGAGCACAAAGACUCCAUACAGAUCAGAUAGGGCAACAGGAAGAACAAACUGAGAGUGAGAUACUCCCAGCUUUUGAUCCUUUAAGUUCACCAAUAAGCCCUUCGAUGGUAGAAGUUUCAACAGAAAGCCUAGAUCUCAGAUCAAUACUUGCACGAUUACCUUCUAAAUCAGAUUUGAUUGAUAUGUUUAGAAAAAUGGAGGAUAGCUUUGGGGAAAAAUUAAAAGCUGUCACUACAGAAAUACAAUACUUAGGGGAACAGAGUGUGCGAGCUGGAAGAGAACCAAGAAAUAAAUUAAAACCACUGGACUGAAUGUCAGAAUACACUAAGAUCACAGACCGAAGCUAUUUUAUCCAUGCAAAGGAAAAUGGAUGAUAUUGAUAAUCAAGGAAGAAGAAACAAUCUACGGAUAAGAGGGGUCCCUGAAAUGACGGAGGAUGAACAAGAAGAUCCUUCAAAAAUUCUUCAAUCAAAUUCUAGGAAGAACUUCGGACUUCAAAAUUAAGUUGGAUAGAGUCCAUCGACUAGGAGGAUUAAGGAAUACACCACAAGAAAAUCCUCGAGACUUAAUUUGUCGUAUCCAUGACUUCAUAUUAAAAGAAGAAAUUGUAAAGAAAGCUAGAACAAUGAAGGAAAUCAAAUUUAAUGAUCAUACUAUCGCAAUCUUUCAAGACCUCUCUCCCUCUGCUUUAAUGGCACGUAGAGCUCUGAGACCGAUCACUCUCCUUUUGGGACAAAAACAGAUAAAGUAUUGGUGGAACUAUCCAUUUGCAUUAAUGGUCAUUCAACACUCCAAAACAUAUAUGAUUGACACCAGUUGAUAUACCAGAGUUUCUACAAGCUUUGGGACUUCCUCCUAUUGAGAUUGAAGAUUGGACAGGUCUUUCAGGCAUCUCUCUACCACAAUAAUUUCAAAAUCCCAAAUGUCAAACUAAAACUAAAAAAAUUGCUGAGGAUGCCAGGGACUGAUAGCCCUACAAAUACUAGAAGGCCUUGUGAUGUGACCCUCUAGGAGCCAAUAUAUUAGAGAUAUUAGAGCUCUCUUAUAAGCCCCUUGAAAAAAUGGUACAUAAACCCCGCUUUAGUCUUCUUCUCUCUCCCUUCCUCCCCUCUUAAUAAGAUGUCAACAUGUCUUGUGGUCACAAAUGGGUCUCCCACAGGGAUGGCAUCUUAUCCUAUUAUGGAAGCAAUAAUUAUAGGAAGAAUAUAAACUUAAUCUUUCUUUUUUCGAUUUUAAUUUCCUUUUUCUUGUUGUUGUGAUCAUUUUUUUUUUUUUGUGUGUGUGCUCACAGCUCAAAUAUUGGGAAAGUUGUAUUUGGCUAAGGUUCAGUAAUCCGGUGGAAUCUUUUAUUGGAAUUAUGGUGCAAAUUUGUCUUAUGUCUUUAAAUGUUAAGGGGUUGAAUUCCCCUAGGAAGCGAUCUAUCCUGGUACAGGAAUUAGAAAGACAGAAAAAAAGAUAUUGUUUUUAUCCAGGAAACUCAUUACAAAAAUACCUUUCAGCCUAGACUUAAUUUGAAUAAAUUCAAACAGACCUUCUAUAGUAACUUUGUGAAAAAUAAAUCUAGAGGAGUGGCAAUUUUUAUAAACUUUGACUUGAAUUUUAUCCAACUAGACAGUAAAUUGGAUCGAGGAGAGAGAGAUAUUUUCUUAAAAGGGAAGGUUAAUGAUCAAAUCAUCACACUGGUAAAUAUAUAUGUACCCAAUGUUAAUCAGGCAUCAUUCUUGAGAACCUGCCUGAGGAAAUUUUAAGGAAGGAGUUUUGGUAGUUGGUGGAGAUUGUAAUAUCGUGCUGGAUUAUGCUGUAGAUAGCUCCUCAAAGACUAGAGAAACACAGAUGAACCAGAGGUCAUCAUUGCUAAAAACAUUACAUUCCUAUCAAUUGAUAGACUGUUGGCGUUUCUUGCAUCAGGGCGAGAGGGACUAUACCUUUUAUUCAACACCUGCAGAUAGUUACUCAAGGUUAGAUAUGUUUUUUGUAAGCCAUAUAUAUCUACAUUUAGUUAAUGGAGCAAAAAUAGGGAAUAUUACAUGGUCAACCAUAACCCCAUUUUUCUAGAUACUGAGCUGCAAGGCAAUAUGAGGGGUAAAAACAUCUGGAGACUAAACAAGUCCCUUCUGGAUGACCCAAGGGUCAUCAAGGAUUUAACAGAAACAAUAUCCCAAUAUUUCUUAGAUAAUUGUACAGAUGAGAUCAAUGAUAUGUGGAUAUGAGAGGCUCAUAAGUGUGUGAUCCGGGGGUUCUGAUUAAAUGGGGAGCUAGAUGUAAAAAAGAACGUGCUGAGGAAAUAGAAAAGAUGACGAAAACAUUAGAGGCAACAGUCUACCCAUAAGCAAACUCCAACAGAGGAGAAUUUUAAGCGCUUAAUGGUAGUCAGAUCAAAGCUAAGGGCAUUAUUGAACUACGAAGGUCAAAGAGCGGUCCAGCUGACUCAAAGUACAUUGUAUACAUACGGGGAUAAAAGUGGGAAAUUCUUAGCUAAAACACUCAAAGCUAAAUUGCAAAAAACUUAUAUAUCUAAAAUCAAAGAUAAACAGGGGGAAAUUUGUAAUACCACUGAGGAAAUAGAAAAUACUUUUAGUAAUUAUUAUAAAGACCUCUACAAAUUAAACCCCCCAGAAAAGACCCCUUACGAUAGAGUGCAAUAUCUAUCCAAAAAUAUACCAAUAAAAAUUUCAAAAGAAACAGCAGCACAAAUGAAGGAAUUGUUCUCCCUGGCGAUUGAGGCAAUACCCCUUAUUAAAAGUCCUGGUCCAGAUGGAUUAUCGGCACGCUACUUUAAACAAUUCCAAAACAUUCUUGUCCCAGACUUUCUCAGGGCUUCUAAUGGAUUGUCUUCAACUACUGACACCAUCAUUGUUGAGAGCUGUAAUUGCUGUGAUAUAUAAAGAUAGAAAAGAUCCAGAAUUAUGCAGCAGUUAUAGACAGAUUUCGCUCUCUGUUAACAAUUGAUGCUGAGAAAGCCUUUGACAUGGUGUAUCAGUCCUAUCUGUUUGCAAUGUUGGAGGCAUGGGGGCUUGGUCCGAGAUUUCGUAAUUGGAUAUAGAUAUUGUAUAAAAGCCCUUCAGCCAUGGUUCGGAUUAAUGGUCUAAUUUCGAACCCUUUCUUUAUUAAUAACGGCACUCGUCAAGGAUGCCCGUUGUCCCCUCUUCUUUUUGUCUUAGCAUUUGAACCUUUUUUAGAAGCUAUACGUAGAAAAACCGAUAUAUUAAAGGAUAUACGUAUAAAGUAACCGAUUUCGCAGAUGAUGUCUUAUUCACGCUUAUAGAACCUCAAUAUACACUUCCUUCUGUUCAGGACGAAUUGGAGAAAUUCGGUACUCUAUCUAAUUUUAAGGUAAAUACAGAUAAAUUUGAAAUAUUGGCAGUAGGGAUAAGCAUAGGAAUUAAGGAGAAAAUACAGAAGCUUUACAGGUAUAAGUGGACAGACUCUAGCAUAAUAUACUUAGGAGUACAUCUGAUGGCUCAUGUAAAAGAUUUAUUUAAACUAAACUAUGGAAAAUUAUUAAGAAAAAUUGAAGAUUUAAAAAAAAUUGGAACCAACCCUUCUACUCAAUAAUAGGGAGAGUUAACAUCAUAAAAAUGAUGAUACUCCCUAAGGUAUUAUACCUAUUCCAGACAUUGCCUAUCUCACUGCCGAAAGCCUUUUUUGCGAAAGUACAAUCUAUAUUGCUUUCAUUUAUAUGGAAUAAUAACCAUCCACGUAUCGCAUACAAAACAUUGACUUUACCAGUUGAGAAAGGAGGCCUUGGUCUCUCACAUAUUUAUAAAUACUAUGUUACGGUACUAUGUGCGUGAAUUAGAGAAUGGACAGCUAUAGACAAAAAAAAGCCUCGUUAUAAAUUAGAACAAGAUUUUAUAAAGGUUAAAUUGGAGACCCUACCAUGGCAGAAUUGUAAUUUAAAUUUAUUAUCUCCUUCUAAUCACCCAAUUAUAAAUCAUAUAAUACAGAUUUGGAGAAGGGUUAAAGAUAGAUGGAGGCUAUCUCCGGGACUAUCAGUAUUUUUUCCAAUUGCAUCAAACUUGGAGUUCCAACAUGGGAUGAGCCAUAAAAUAUUGGGAACGUUAACGGGAGAAGCAGACCGCCAGUAACAAGUUUAAUAGUAGACGGUACACCCACUAGAUUAAGAGCGUUUCCCAGCUGCGACAAUACGACAACUCUUCUAGAUAAAAUGGGUAUGGCUUAUUUAAAGUUUUUUUUUUUUAUUUUUUUUUUUUUAAACCAAAAAGUUUUACAGUACUGGCAGACGAGAUAAAACUGAGUUUGAGUUACUCUGUGGUACUGGGAUAGAUAAAAAAAAACUAUAUCUGUCUAGUAUCUAUAACCUAAUUCAGAGGGGUUCUAUGGAUAAGAUAGUACCCUCAUUUCAGUUGAACUGGUCAUUUAUGUACAAAAUGGGAAUGAAAGCCCAGGUAAGCACUGCUAGGAAAAUGAUUUUCUUUAAAAGAAUUACUAGAUGGUAUAAUACCCCAGAUCGACUUAAGAAAUAUGGUGUAUCUGCAUUGGAUGAAUGUUGGCGAUGUGGUGAGAAGGGAGCAAACAUGGAACACAUCUGGUGGGAGUGUAAACUUAUUGGGAACUACUGGAUCCAAGUAUUGAGUGUCAUCUAUAAGAUUUUACCAAUGUCAGAUCAAUUAUCCCCAUCUAAGAUCUUACUGGGCUGGCCAGCUUCUCUCAAGGAGAACAAUAAACAGAUAUUGUUAAGUUUCUUAUUGAAUGAAGCAAAUGCUUUGAUCCCGCUGUAUUGGCUUAAACCUAGCAUCCCGACUGUAAAACAAUGAAUUAUUAGAGUGGAAUCAUUAAGGGAACUAGAAGAGAUUCAUUGGACUACCCAGGGAAAAAGAGAUCACUAUGUUAAGAAAUGUGGGACCCUUGGAUAAAGCUAUGGGCAGGACUAUCAUAAUAAGACUAUUUUAUGAUAAACUGAAGAUGAGCAAAUAAAAUACUAAUGUAAAAUAGAACACUAAUGUUAGAAAUAGAGGCAGAGCUAUAUUAUUCCUUUUUUUUUUUUUUCACUUUCUCUCUCUUUGUUCUGCUGAGAUGCAUAUGAUGAUGUAGGACCUUGAUAAUGCUAUUUGGUUAUGGCGUAAAGUAGUCCCAAUAUCUGAUAAGAAAAAAAAAAAAAGACUUCUAAAAUGCCAACUCAAAUUUUACAGAGUCUUUGGAAUGGCUCUGUUUUAUAGGCACUGGUGUAUCUUUCACAUGACUUCCUUCUUCUUUACAUUGACUUGUAAUCCUCUAUCUUUUUCCCCAAUAUGGGCUGGUAUCAUAGAAGAAAAAGAAAUGUAUGUAUUGUAAUAAAUUUGUAUAUAUGUAUUUCACACUCGCCUUUUUACAUUGGCUCACUUUAACCCCUUAAGGAUUGAGGCAGUUGUACAAGUUGUGAUCAAAACAAAAGUAAACAAAACUUUGAAUUUGCGCUACAUGUCUAUUCAACCAGAAUACACCUCUUUCAUAUUAAAGGGAACACUAUAGCCACUCAGACCACUUCCACUCAAUGAAGUGGUCUGGGUGCCAGGUGCCUCUGGGGUUAACCCUGCCUACUCAUCGAAACUGCUAUGUUUACAUUGGGGGUUAAGCCAGCCUCUAGUGGCUGUCUUCCGGACAGCCACUAGAGGCACAUCUGCGACGCUGGAGGCAUAUUAUGCCUCCAUCAUGCAGAGCGUCCAUAGGAAAGCAUUAAAAAAUGCAGGGUGGAUAAAAAUCAAUGAUUUUAAAAAAUCAAAAAAAAUCUGAUUUUAUUUGAUUUAAAUCGCAUUUUUUUGAUUUAAAUCGCAUUUUUUUUUAAAUAAAAUGCUUUGUGAGGAAAAUAUAUUACCAUCCAAAGGUUAUAACAUAUGGUUGCAGUGCUCAUUUGCUGCACCUCUUAGCCAAAGACUUAAAUGUUCCAAAAAUAAAGACUAAAUGUUGAAAUUGCUAAAUACUUCUGUAACAAUCAUUUUGCUGCAGCAGCUCUGAAAAGAAUGGGUGGAACCAAGCUAACGCUCCCACAAUAUGUUAGAUGGAACUCUUUGGUGGGCUGUUUUGAGCAGUAUAUCAAGAACUGGCCUAUUGUGAUGACAGUUUGUGAACAAAAUCGAGAUAAAAUAGAUGGCACUGUCACGUCCAAAAUCCUCAACAUUGCUGAGCAUCCUGAAACCCAUCUCUGAAGCUUUAAACAAAAUACAGAAACAUAGCUGUUUUAUUGCUGAUGCUGUUGAAAUUUGGAAGGAACUGAGUGAACACUUAAAAACAAAACUACACAUGGACAGAAUUAAAUUACAAGCAUUAAAAAAACGAAUGGGACAAGAACUGUCUCCAUCUCAUUUUUUGGCAAAUAUUGUCAAUAUCCAGUACUAGGCUCAAAACUUAAGUGUUGAGGAAAGAAGAGUUAGCUAUGACAUGGGUAUCCAGCAAUCAUCCAUCUGUAAUGCCAACUAUAAUAAACUUCAAAGCUAAGGGGGAUCCAUUCAAGAAAUAUGUUUGCUGAAGAUAUUUUAAAGAAAGUCACAGCAGUGAACUGGUGGAAGUCACUUAAGCACUUGGAUUUAGAGACUGUUCAAGUAAAGAUUUCAAUUUUAACAGCAGUAGCUUCUUCUGCAAGCGUUGAAAGAAUAUUCUCUUCCUUUGGACUCAUUCAUUCUCAAUUGAGAAAUCGUUUGGGACCUGUGACGGUAGUCACCAUCACUGGGGAUGGAAGACAGACACUAUGGGUGGGCUCCCAAAUUUCUUUUGUGUUUUGUCACAUUGUGCCUAUUAUUUGUGCAGGGUAUGUUGAAUGUAUUGCUGGUCUGUGCAUCUCUCCCUCCCCCCUUUUUCCUGUCCUAUUGUUUCCCCAGCAGGGUGUUGUCCCAGGGACACUGCCAGACCAGGGAGAAAUAUGCUGGAAAGUAUUCUGAGCUGGAGAUACAGGGUUCCAGAAUUGCUAUUGGGAUCUAUGGGGGUCACAGUGGCCCCCUAAGAGUGGAUUCAUAUGGGGAUAGGUUUGAGUUUGGGAAGGGGGCCAUGGCAGAUUGACUGAGAACUCCCUUUCUCCACUUCCAAGUCCCCUCUUAUGUCUAAGUCACCCUGUGCUUAUUAGAGGCACAGGGUGGACAAGAAGCCCAGUCUGGCCUGCCCAAACCAGACUUCCACAGACUGAUCGGGUAUGAGGGCUCAAUGCUCCCGACCGGGACAAACUUACAAACUAUGUGGAACUUUGUCGAGAAGGCUGCCAGGAUGGAUGGAAUUUUUGGGACUUAUUACCCGACUAACUCAGGCACAGACCGAUUGGAGGUCUGGUACCUGGUUAGUCUACCUUUGGGGGGAAAGAUAUGUGACGGUAGUCACCAUCACUGGGGAUGGAAGACAGACACUAUGGGUGGGCUCCCAAAUUUCUUUUGUGUUUUGUCACAUUGUGCCUAUUAUUUGUGCAGGGUAUGUUGAAUGUAUUGCUGGUCUGUGCAUCUCUCCCUCCCCCCUUUUUCCUGUCCUAUUGUUUCCCCAGCAGGGUGUUGUCCCAGGGACACUGCCAGACCAGUUUAAUCUAGCUGCUCUGUCCCUCCUCAAUCUCCCAUCAACUCUUGCUAUUGUCUGACCCCACCCUUCCUUGUACUAUAGUAAUCUAUGUAACCUAUUGUAUGUAAAUGAGGCUGUUGGGGGCUUAAAGCGGCACUGUCAUGCCGAACUUACCUUUCCUCAAUCUCUUCCUCUUCUCCCCCUCUCUCGGGAUCUGUUCUUCUUCUCUUCCUGUCUUCUUUAGUUUUCUUUAAAAUCAUAAGACAAAGUAGGGACUCUUUGCCUUAUGGAGGAUUCCUCCGCUUGACCAGCUCUGACCAGCGGAGGAGCAAAGUGUGCUUCAUUUCCGCUGGUCAGAGCAAUUUUCCCAUAAUUCUUACCUUUCCUCUGUGUUCCCGCGAUGCUUCCUGUCAUUUUAGCCGAAACUGCCGAAUUGCGUUCUAACUGAAUGAGAACAGUAUGUUCGUUUCUUUUAGAACUCAAUUCGGCAUUUUGUUCGGAUCGUAAUUUCAUUUGAAUGAAUGAAACUCUGAUCCUAUUCUUGCUGUGGCUGCAUCUUGCAGCCUCUUAGUAGAUAACUCCCUAAUUCCCACGGUAUCAAGGAGUUAUCUACUAAAGGGCUGAAAGACUUAAAUUGGUUUUUCAGCCACAUUUACUAAUACUAAGUAAAAAUUACUUAGUAUUAGUAAAUGCUGCCCCUACUCGCCAAACCGCGAGUAGGGCCACAGGCUGCUCACUGUAAAAAAAAAAAAAAAAACCUAUUGGCCCCCACCCCUAAACGACAGGUGGGGGCCCUAAAGUAAGAUAAGGGGGGAGACCUAUUGUUCCCCCCCCCCCAGCCCCCACCCCUGCGAGGUGGGUGGGGGUCAUAAUGAGUGGGGGGACCUACUAUCGUCGUCGUCAUCCCCCACCCCUGGGUGGCGGGUGGGGGCCAUAAUGAUAAUGAGGGGGGGUCGACCUACUGCCCCCCUUCUCCUCUCCCCCCCACCCCCCCACACUCCACAUCAAAGGUGACUAGGGGUCCCCAUGCUCCUGCAGUCUGGCUGCUCAAUAAUCUGUCAUGCUCUCUGAGGGGUGUAUUAUUUUCCUGCCUUUAAAGUGCCUAGCGAUUUUUGCUUGGCUUAUGGAGACAGGACAGAGGUGUUCUUGUUUCUGAUUUAUCUAAAUGUUUUGAUUUAGCUUCAUAGGGCUAUGUUCCUGCAUACUCUGCCUGUAUGUUUACCAUAACUGCCUUUACUCUGUUUUGGCUUCAGUUUGGAGUAAAACAAGGUUUUAGUAAACUAGGCAUUUUCUUCCUGUUCAGUUAAUGCAUGCACAGUUCCCAGGUUGUAAACUUUGAUAUUUUAGUUGCAGUUGCACAAAAAUCUUACAAGCACUGUCAGACAGGAAGCUGUACAUCAUCCUUGCUGACUAGACAAGGUAGUUAAGUACUGAGAAGGAGAUAGGGUGAUGGGAAUUUACAGGAUUUUGUGUGCUGCAGAAGACAGAGGCCUCUUACCAAUGAAGCUAUUGUAUGUAUUUUGAGCUUUUUCACUUUCAUUAUGGUGUUUUGGUGCCAUCUACUGGUCGCUUUUGCAUACUAAUAAUGAUUUCAUGGAAGCUGCUGUAUAUCAUGGUCACCUUGUGGAGGAUGGAACACUCAGAUGUUCUCAUUGCUGUUUAAGUGCAUCUCCCUAACUAAGGUAGUAUACCUGCCUAGAGUGCACUAAAACAUUUCUCUGGGCUGUAAGUUCUGCAUUCCAAACAUUAAAGGGACACUAUAGUCACCAGAACAACUACAGCUUAUUGAAUUUGUUCUGGUGAAUAGAAUCUUUACCUUCAGGCUUUUUGCUGUAAACACUGUCUUUUCAGAGAAAAUGCAGUGUUUACAUUACAGCCUAGUGAUAACUUCACUGGCCACUCCUCAGAUGGUUGUUAGAGAUCCUUCCUGGGUCAUGGCUGCCUAAAAUGCAUCCAAACAUUUAGUGUCUCCACCCUCUGCAUGCAGACACUGAACUUUCCUCAUAGAGAUUCAUUGAUUAAAUUCAUCUUUGUGAGGAGAUGCUGAUUGGCCAGGGCUGUGUUUGAAUCAUGCUGGCUCUGCCCCUGAUCUGCCUCCUUGUCAGUCUCCGCCAAUCCCAUGGGGAAGCAUUGUGAUUGGAUCAGGCUACCACUUCUGAUGUCAGCAGACUGCUUGUUUUUUGAGGGAAAUAGCAUGCAGAGCUACAGCUUCAGGCUUAAAUACAGUAAGAUUUUGCAAUAUUUAUGGAGGCAUGAGGAGCUCAGGGGGGCUAGAUGGUGGGUCAUAGUAAGGCUAUUUUAUGCCCUGUAUCUUGUGCGCAUCUUGGCAAAUCUUACAUGGAUGUCACUACUGCUGUAAUGGUAUUUUGGUUAUUUUAUUCUACAGCUUAAAGGGACACUAUAGUCACCCAGAACACUUCAGCUCAAUUAAGUGGUCUGGGUGCAAGGUCCCUCAGGUUUUAACCCUUCAGAUGCAAACAUAGCAGUUUCAGAGAAACUGCUAUGUUUACAUGUGGGGUUAAGCCAGCCUCUAGUGGCUGUCUUCCGGACAGCCGCUGUUGGCAUAAUAUGCCUCCAUUGCACAGAGCGUCCAUAGGAAAGCAUUAGGAAAUGCUUUCCUAUGGACACUUUGAAUGCGCGCGCGGCACUUGAUGCGCAUCGGCUCCGCUGACGUCGGCGGGGGAGGAGAGGUCACCGGCGCUGGAAUAAGGUAAGCAGCUGAAGGGGAUUUAAUCCCUUCAGAGCCAAGGGAGGGGGACCCUGAGGGUGGGGGCACCCUCAGGGCACUAUAGUGUCAGGAAAACUGCUUUGUUUUCCUGACACUAUACUGAUCCUUUAACAUUUAAACAAUAAGUCAGAAUACUUAGAGCUGGAUAAAAAUGUCUGAUUCCCCCUUCUUUCUUUUCAGUAUAGUGAGGUAUGCCCGAGGUAUGCUAUUCCCUUGUCAGGUCUUCCUGCUCCUCCCCCCACUCAAUUUUUAUGGAGUCCUUGUGUCACGAUCUUGGUUUUUGUCUAAGACAAAAGAAUCAUGGAUAUGUAUUUUGCUUUUUCACUAUUAUUAAGGUCUUUUAAGUCUGCAUUGUCCCUAGGCAAUUUGCAAUAUGCGGAGUUUACUUAUUUACAAUUCCUGCUGGUAACAACGCUUGGGAGGUUGUUGACCAAAAGGCAGUACCACUGCUGAUUACACAUUAACUCUUAUUAACUUGAACAACUUCUGCAAUAUGGAAGGGUGCAUUAUCCUGCUGAAAGAGGCCAAUGCCAUCAGGGAACACCAUUGCCAUGAAUGGGUGUAUGUAGUCUGCAACAAUCUCUAAGUAGGUGGGACAUGUCAAAGUAACACCCACCUGAAUGCCAGGGCCCAAGGUCCCAGCAGAACAUUGCCCAGAGCAUAACUCGGCCUCCGCCAGCCUGCCUUCUUCCCAUAGUGCAACCUGUUGCCAUCUCGUCCGCAGGUAAACAACGCACAUGCACCUUGCCAUCCACUUGAUCUAAAAGAAAACUGGAUUCAUUGGACCAGGCAACUUCCAAUGCUUUAUGCUUUAUGCUCCAUGGUCCUGUUGGGUCAUUCACAUCCCCACUGAAGGUGCUUUCAGCAAUGCACAGGGGUCAUCAUGGGACUGGUCUACGGCUACUCAGCCCCAUAUACAACAGACUGCGGAUGCCCUAUGUGUUCUGACACCAUUCUAUCAUGGCCAGCAUUACGUUUUUCAGCAAUUUGAGCUAGAGGUUCUGUGUGAUCGGACCAGAUGAGCUUGCCUUCACACCCCAUGAACAUCAAUGAGCCUUGGGCGCCCAUUACACAGACGCCGGUUCACUGGUUGUCUUUCCUUGCACCACCUUUGGUAGGUACUAACCAUUGAAUACCAGGAAUACCCCACAGGACUUGCAAUUUUUGAGAUGCUCUGAUCCAAUUGUCUAGCCAUCACCAUUUGGUAUUGAUGAAUGGUAUUUACUUCACCUAUCAAUGGUUUUAAUCAGUAAAAUUGUUUGUGUGUGUAUUUUUUUUUUUAUUACUAGAGCAUGUACUCUGUAUGAUGUUAGAAUGUCUUACCUUCUCUUUUAUAGUUUAAAGGAGUUGGAGCAAGAGAAUACGGAUUUAGAAUCUGCAGAACAGCAAGCCAAUGCCAAGAUUAAAGAAAUCAGUGUCCAGAAAGCCAGACUUGUUAAUGAACUAACACAAUUAAUUAAGGUAAAUGUUGCUAUUCAUAUACCAUUAUAUACAAAAUACAUUCCUUUUAAAAUACCGGUAUAGAAUAACUAAUGUAACUAUAGCCUACAAUUGUUAAUUUCAGCAUUAAAUAUGUGAAGAUUUGGUUAUUUGUGCAGUAUACAGCAAAUUAACCCCUUAAGGACACAUGACGGAAAUAUUCCGUCAUGAUUCCCUUUUAUUCCAGAAGUUGUGUCCUUAAGGGGUUUAUUGCUAACAGAAGAUUGCGACUGUAGAAUGAGAAUCAGGUAAUUUGGUUUGUUAUGGCAUGAGCUGUAGUACUUUUUUAAAUCUUCAGCAUCACGGGUUUUAUUCUCCGCAAUCUUGAUUCAAACACAAAUUCUUUUGAUGCUAAUGAGACUAGUAAUGCUGAUUUCACUUAUAAUAACAUGUCUAUCUCCAUGUUCUUCCUGGUAACUUACUUUUUAAAUAAUCAAUUCGGCCCAUGUACAGUUUUAAUAAUAAUGUCUGAUUCAUUCGACUUGAUAUAAAAGUGUUUUUCUAGUAGCUUUUUUUCUGUGGUUUAUAACACAGCUACAACCAUGUUUCACAGCUACAUUAGGUUAAUACCCUUAUGGUGCAUUAAUUGGAAACCAUGUGAACAGUGUUAAUGGUAAUGACUGUGUAUUUGGUUGGUUUGUCCAAAUCUCAAAUUCCAUAAUUACAUUUUUUUAAUUUGUAUUUUUAUCUCCAGAGCUGUACAUUGCGUAGUAUUGAAAAAGUGGACUUGGCCCUUCAAAGCACUGCUGUGUUAUCAGAGAAGAAUAAACUUGAUUCAGAGUACAAAGAGGCUAUAUCACAGCUCAAGGACCUGGAUGUAAGCAAAUAAGCAUUCCUCACAAUAAUAGUAUUGAGUCCUCCAAAUAUGUCUGCAGAAUUUCUCCAUGAAUGAAUUAAACCGCUCUAGGAAUCUAGUGGUUACUUAAAUGGUUACUCCAACCACUAUGGCCACUUGAGUGAUUGGAAGAGGUCAGGGUGGUAGGAGUCUGUAUGUACCCUUUGAAACAAUGCAGAUGCCAUAGAAUGUUCUUUAAUUAUAGGCUUUUUUUCAAAAUAACUAUUCAAAUUUGAUUUUGUAAUAGUUAUUGUUUUGUUAUUAUAAACAUUACGUUACAUAUUGUUCAUAUUUUCUGUCUUCAAGAAUCAAUUUAUGCGUGCUGAUGAGAUGAAGCGAAGUUUACUAGACAAUUGCAAAGAACUGUUACGAAAAGCAAGACAGGCUUGUAACUUGGGGCCAAAUCAGAUUGUCCCACAAGAUUUCCAGACGGUAAGUAUUUGUGUAGACCUCAUAUUUAAAUUGUAUUAACAUACCUAUCUGUUGAUUUUGGUAAAAUCCUAUUAUUAGGAAUCUACUAAUUUCUAUGUGUAAAGCAUCUACCAGCAAUGCAGUUGUUAAGUUUGUGCAAAGUGAACAUGCAUAAAAAUGAUAAAAUUUCUAUUGUGUGAUGUAGUACAGAACUGUACAGCCAGCAACUUCCCUCUGUACAAAAGAUAAGGCAGCCUCAUACAAUUGUUUGUCAUCUUUGGACUAGUCAGUGAGGUGGGGCUGAUACUCUUCUAGGUAUUGUGAGCAUGUGGUCCUAAGUGAGCUAAAGCUUGUUUGUAACCUUAAAGGUAAAUUAUAGACACAAAGACCACAUCUCAAUGAAAUGUUCUGGGUGCUAUGUGUCCCCAGUUUUUACCCUGCAGAUCAGCAAUGUUUUCAUUGCAGGGUAUAGGUACCUGUAAUAGCUAUCACUUUGAAAUGUCUGAGGAAGCACCUCUAGCAGCUGUCUGAGUAAAACGCUGACCAUCUGACUAGCGCAGUGCAGUGUUUGGCGUGCAUGUGCACUACUUUCCUUGAUGAUCUUAGCCAAGGAGUGAGAACCAGCCAUGGAGACCAGAGUUAAAUAAAGUUAAAUAAAGAGUGGACAAUGCUUCCAUUGUUCUAUCUAAAUCCAGCAACUACAUGACUAGAUACGAAUUGAAUGUAUAUUUGACUGAUUUUAGGUUAAGGUACCCUCUAUUGAUUAUGGACGAUAUUAGUUUAAAUUAGAAAUUUGCAUAUUGUAAUUGUGGAUAAGAGGGGAAGGUUAUUUUAAAAUUUAUACUAAAACCUGCUGUUUGGUUAACAUCUAGAUGUCUUAUUAAUGAUCUACCCGCAGGUUUGGUUCAGAACUGUUAUUCAGGGGAAUUGUUCCUGUUUGGCAAACACUUCAAGAUUGUCAUUUUUAGGUGACAAUUUCUGGCCAGCCUGUUUAAAAUCACAAGGCGUUCAUCAAUUCGUGGCAGCAUUUGCCAAAUUGCACUGUAUGUCUAGCAAUCUGAGUAGGUUACUCUAUAUUACUUGGGUCCACGAUCUGGCUGGCCCACAUGUUUUACCACAUUCUCAGGUACUAUUUUACGGUUUCAUCUUUAGGUUUCCGUUGGUUACAACCCCCACCCUCCUUAAUCUACUCCUAUAGAGGACAUUUACAAUUACCAAGUUUAUAGUCCUUAUUAGCGGAGGGUACUGACUUUCAGCGAUCUAGGUGUUCAAAUAGUUUGUAUUCCGGCCUCUAUGCCAUAGGCUAGUGGUUCUGCGAGGCCAACACCCAUCGGUCCAACGCAUAGUUAUCCACCUUGCAUGGUUGCAUAGAGAGGGCCUCACCUGUCACUUCCAUACUAUCUUUUACUUUAAUUGUCACCGAGAGGCCGACACCACCACAACGUUCGGUGGCUUGAAAAUACUCUGUUUAACAUCAGUAUGGAUUGGAGUAGACUAGAUACUGAGUUAUUAUGCAGACGUUUUGCAGGCCCCAGGACGCCUGCUUGUGCAGUUUGCACAUCCCCAUCACGCGCGACAAAUUUACGCCCUAACAUAGCAGAAGCUUCUUGGUGCCACGCGGCUCCUUACACACCUGCAAAAUCUGGUAAGGUAGUUAAGGAUAUACUGGGUAGGGACAUUUUGGGGGGACAAGUCCCAAAUGUGCAAUAAUUUUAAGGUGGGUACUUGCGGUUUCUGUGCUUGUUGGUUAUUGCAGGUAUUAAUGUUAUGUGUUUUGCUGAACUAUUUAUGGUACCAACCCUCACAACAAUUGGUUAACCUUCUCUUUUAGUGGUUAUUGCAGGGGUUUCACAAUGGUAUCAUACACGUGCCAUCUGAUACGCUGGAAUGCAAUCAUUUGCUGGCAACGCUAGUAGAUCCAGAAUCAGUGGAUAAUUGAUAAAGACUAAGUUGGAACAGGGAAUUGUUUUUGGGCCUUUUAGGUCUCCCCGCCCUUUUACUUCUUGGAGGACAAAUCCUAUUGGUAUAGUCACUGGUAAAUCUUCACAUAAACACAGAUUAAUCGUUGACCUAUCCGCACCACAUUCCUACACGGUUCCUAGUCUUAACCCCCCCGUACCCUGGUUAAUAAGACAAAGAAACUUAAAAUUUUAACGUAAAAUCAUAGCACAAUAUGAAAUUGCUGCAAGAGCAUAGAAGGGUUCAGUAGAGCACCCAGGUGCUGGUGGUGACAUAGAUAAUUGUGUGUGUGUGGGCGCAAGAAUUCCCACCAGAUUAUAGUUAGCGUCAUUCGUGAUGAUUCCUUCAGUAAGGUUUAAUUUGGUGGGAUGAUAGGACUCCUGUUUUGUUAGGGUGUUGUAUCAGCAUGUGAUGUUGAAUGUUAGGUAGAGUUUGAUAGUGUUAUAUGAUAAUUUUUUAACUUAAGGUGGCAAAAGGAAGUAUAUAGCUUGUAUCUCUUUCUCUAUCACCUUUUCACAUAUAUUAUGUGGUUAUUCAAAUUGAAGUUUUUUUUUUUAAUAUGUACAUGUCGCUAAUGACAUCACAGAAUCUCGUUUUCACUUUUUUCACCCUCCAAUAAACACUUUAGCAUUGCAUAGUUAAAUGCUUUUUUAUCACAAAAGUCCAGUUGGACUGAAAUGUCGCAACUAUUGGUUUCUGACCACUAUUACGCGUCCUGUGAGUCCUGGUCAUAGGCCGUGGUAGAACAUCAAUGGGUAACUCCUCCUUAUCCCUAAUUAGACAGGAACCUAAAUUAAACAAAAGGUGUAUAUAUACUCCCUCCUUCCCCUCCCACCCUCAGUCUAGUUUCCAGGAAAUAUUACAGGGGAUACUGUUGUCUAUGGUCAGGGAAAAAAAUGCAGUAAGGAAUAAAUUUUCCUUUUUGCCUGGACAUAUGCAUGGCAGCAUAACAAUGGGUAAUACCCAAGCAAUAACAAAGGCAGUGAAAGUAAUACAGAAAACUCCAAAUAUGGAAAGUGUAUUAAUGCAAUCAAAGGUGACAAAACACACACUACAAGAACAUUUUUCAUUACAUUCUGAAAGCACACUCUUGCCAAAAUGAUCAAAUUGCUGGCUCGAACGUCCAAAUGAUAAUGCCUGAUGGAAAUAUUGGUUGAGGAUCAAAUGGCUCCUCUGCAUGUAAUUUCUGGUAACUUUUGCUACUGCAGCCCAGGAGAAUAAAAGGACUCUAGUGGAGUGAGCUUUAAGUCCAUCAGGUACCUGAACUCCGGAGGGUUUGUCAGCCUGAAUAAUUGCAGAAACUAUCCAUCUACCGAUGACUUCCAUAGAGGUCUGCAGAACUCUCCUGGCCCAUUAGGGAUGACAAAAAGUAUUUGAAAAGAAUGUCAAUAAGCUGAUCUUUGAAUAUAUAUAUAUAUAUAUAUAUAUAUAUAUAUAUAUAUAUAUAUAUAUAUAUAUAUAUAUAUAUAUAUAUAUAUAUAUAUAUAUAUAUGUAAACAUCUUACAAAGUCAGCAAGCGAAAGUUCCACUUCUUCAUCUCCAUCCUGUUCAACAUGCUUCAAAGUUUGGAAAAACAACUUCCUCAUUGAUAUUCAACAUUCCAUUUGGAUGGAAUUCAGGUGCAAUUCUUAGAAUGACUCUAUCUUUAUGAAAGAUAGUAAAUAGCAGAUAAUGUAUGAAAUUCUGAAACUCUUCUGCCCGGUGCAAUGGCCACCAGUAAAGCUGUGUUGAUGGCCAGCAAAUGUGAAGAAAUAUAGUCCACAGUUUCAAAAAGUGAUGAUUGAUGGUCUUUCGAAACAAUUCCCACAGUGGGACAAUGGAAUUGACUGGCCGUUUAAUCUUCAAUACUGCAGUCAGGAAUCUGGCAACGUCCAUAUCAAAAGCCCAUUUGUGAUUGGUGAGGUCCAAAAGCGCAAAGACGUACCUUAACCCCUUAAAACCGGAGGGCGUACUAUUACGCCCUAUUCUAAGCGGCUCUAAACGCCGCAGGGCGUAAUAGUCAGCCCUCCGUUUUUGUUUUUGUUUUUGUUUUUUUUUAACUAACCCGGUCGCCGGCCAUCGCAGUUGGGGAGACUCACCUGGAUCCCAGGGAGUCCCCCCGUGGCAGAUCCUGCCUCCUCCAUCCCCCUUAAAAUAAAGUUAAUCAGUGUAAAAAAAUAAAAAAUUAUAUACUUAGAUAAUAUAAAUAUAUAUAUAUAUAUAUAAAAUCAAAUUACACGUAGACUGAUACUGAUUAAAUAUAUAUAAUUGUUAUAUAUAUAUUUAUAUAUAAUAUAAAAAAUUAAUAUGUAAAUACGUUAAAAAAUGAAUAAUGAAAAAAUGUUAUUUCGUUCUAACUGUAUUGUGAUAUAUUUAUAGAUAUAUUUAUAUCAAAAUACACGUAGAACAAAAUAAUAUAUAUCUAUAUACAUAAAUAUAUUCGUAUAUAUCACUAUAUAAAUAAAAUGUUUUAAAUAAAUUAUAUAUAUAAUAUAUAUACACGUGUGUGUGUGUGUGUGUGUGUGUGUGUGUCUAUAUAUGUGUAUAUGUAAUAUUUUUACUUAAUUAGGUAUUUUAAUUAAUUACAAUUAGCGGGACCUUCCUGACAACCCAUGCCGAAAGUAUAGGGAAUUUAAUUUGCUAGCACUAUAUUUAACCCUAUAACUUUCCAAGACACCAUAAAACCUGUACAUGGGGGGUACUGUUUUACUCGGGAGAAUUCGCUGAACACAAAUAUUAGUGUUUCAAAACCGUAAAAUGUAUUACAACGAUGAUAUCGCCAGUAAAAGUGAAGUUUUUUGCAUUUUUCAUACACAAACAGCACUUACACGGACGAUAUGAUUGCUGUGAUACUUUUUACUGUUUUGAAACACAAAUAUUUGUGUUCAGCGAAGUCUCCUGAGUACAACAGUACCCCUCAUGUACAGGUUUUAUGGUAUUUUCAAAAGUUGUUCUGGUGACUAUAGUGUCCCUUUAAGUAUUAUAGCCGAGACACUUAUCAAUGCCCAAUUGUAAUCAUUCCAAAACGUCUUUAGUAGAAGAGCUAUAAUUUUCGAUUUAUUCUCUUAAUAGGUGGCCGAAUUAGAUUUCUGGCCUUUAGGAGGGUAUCAAUCAGAGCAGAAAAGAAACCAUUGUCUUUAAGCCUUUGCCUUUUAAUUUACAUGCCUUCGGGUUGAGGGAGGAUGGAUCUGGAUGAAGCACCAGAUCCUGAUGGAGGAGGGAUGGAAUUUGUGGGAGAUCUAAUGGAAAUUCCUUGCAAACUGUCAGAAGAAGGGGAACCAUGGUCUGCAAGGCUAUCAUGACUAUAGAGACUUUCCUGCCACAACCUUCCCAGAAGAGGAAAGAUGAGUGGAGUUGGUGGAAAUGCAUAAUCCUGGUUGAACUGCCAUCAGCAUGAUGGGGCAUCUCUUCCUGCAGCUUGGGAAUCAGAAAAAAAACAAUAAUAGGCGCUCACUAUAGUACAAUUGAUUAUUUGGUGAGGGCUGCGGUACACAAUACAAGGAUUCCCAAAACCUUGUGAGAUAAGAUUAAAAAGUGUAUGGCGUAAACAGCACCCAAGAUUUAUAUGUACAUAGAUCUUCAGGGGGUACAAUACUUUGAACCUCAGAAUAAUAGAAAAAGACAAUAAUUGUACAGUACAAUAUGGUAAAGUACAGAUUAUAUAAAUGGCUAUAUGGGAACCACUCACAUUUGAUUGAGCUAUCUAGAAACAUAGAAACAUAGAAUGUGACGGCAGAUAAGAACCAUUCGGCCCAUCUAGUCUGCCCAAUUUUCUAAAUACUUUCAUUAGUCCCUAGCCUUAUCUUAUAGUUAGGAUAGCCUUAUGCCUAUCCCACGCAUGCUUAAACUCCUUUACUGUGUUAACCUCUACCACUUCAGCUGGAAGGCUAUUCCAUGCAUCCACUACCCUCUCAGUAAAGUAAUACUUCCUGAUAUUAUUUUUAAACCUUUGUCCCUCUAAUUUAAGACUAUGUCCUCUUGUUGUGGUAGUUUUUCUUCUUUUAAAUAUAGUCUCCUCCUUUACUGUGUUGAUUCCCUUUAUAUAUUUAAAUGUUUCUAUCAUAUCCCCCCUGUCUCGUCUUUCCUCCAAGCUAUACAUGUUAAGAUCCUUUAACCUUUCCUGGUAAGUUUUAUCCCGCAAUCCAUGAACCAGUUUAGUAGCCCUUCUCUGAACCCUCUCUAAGGUAUCAAUAUCCUUCUGAAGAUACGGUCUCCAGUACUGUGUACAAUACUCCAAGUGAGGUCUCACCAGUGUUCUGUACAAUGGCAUGAGCACUUCCCUCUUUCUACUGCUAAUACCUCUCCCUAUACAACCAAGCAUUUUGCUAGCAUUUCCUGCUGCUCUAUUACAUUGUCUGCCUACCUUUAAGUCAUCAGAAAUAAUCACCCCUAAAUCCCUUUCCUCAUAUGUUGAGGUUAGAACUCUAUCAAAUAUUCUGUACUCUGCCCUUGGGUUUUUACGUCCAAGAUGCAUUAUCUUGCACUUAUCCACAUUAAAUGUCAGUUGCCACAAUUCUGACCAUUUUUCUAGUUUACCUAAAUCAUUUGCCAUUUGGCUUAUCCCUCCUGGAACAUCAACCCUGUUACAUAUCUUAGUAUCAUCAGCAAAAAGACAUACCUUACCAUCAAGACCUUCUGCAAUAUCACUAAUAAAAAUAUUAAAGAGAAUGGGUCCAAGUACAGAUCCCUGAGGUACCCCACUGGUGACAAGUCCAAGCUUCGAAUAUAUUCCAUUAACUACAACCCUCUGUUGCCUGUCACUCAGCCACUGCCUUAUCCAUUCAACAAUAUUUGAAUCCAAACUUAAAGAUUGCAGUUUAUUGAUAAGCCUUCUAUGUGCAACAGUGUCAAAAGCCUUACUGAAAUCUAGGUAAGCAAUGUCUACUGCACCACCCUGAUCUAUAAUUUUAGUUACCCAAUCAAAAAAAUCAAUAAGAUUAGUUUGGCAUGAUCUCCCUGAAGUAAACCCAUGUUGUCUCUGAUCUUGAAAUCCAUGUGUUUUUAGAUGUUCAUCAAUCCUAUCCUUUAACAUGGUUUCCAUCACUUUCCCCACUACUGAAGUAAGGCUUACUGGCCUAUAGUUGCCCGACUCCUCCCUAUUACCUUUCUUGUAAAUGGGCACAACAUUCGCUAACUUCCAAUCUUCUGGGACUACUCCUGUUAACAAUGAUUGGUUAAAUAAAUCUGUUAAUGGUUUUGCUAGUACACCACUAAGCUCUUUUAAUAGCUUUGGGUGUAUUCCAUCAGGUCCCAUUGACUUAUUUGUCUUUACUUUUGACAGUUGAAAUAGAACCUCUUCCUCUGUAAACUCACGUGUAAUAAAUGACUCAUUUAUCCUUUUUCUCAACUGAGGUCCCUUUCCUUCAUUUUCUUCUGUAAAUACAGAACAAAAAUAUUCAUUGAGGCAGUCAGCCUGACCUUUAUCCUCUUCUACAUACCUUCCUUCUUUUGUUUUUAAUCUAACUAAUCCUUGUUUUACUUUUCUUUUCUCAUUUAUGUAUCUAAAAAUGUUUUAUCCCCUUUUUUACUGACUGUGCUAUUUUCUCUUCUGUGUGUGAUUUGGAAGCUCUUAUAACUUGCUUAGCCUCUUUCUGCCUAAUCUUAUAGAUCAUUUUGUCUCCCUCACUCUGUUUUUUUUAUAAUUCCUAAAUGCUAACUUUUUGUUUUUAACUAUUUUGGCCACAUCUGCGGAGUACCACAGUGGUUUCUUGAAUUUUUUGCUUUUACUGACAAGCCUAAUGCAAUUUUCUGUUGCCUUCAAUAGUGCAACUUUUAAAUAAUCCCAUUUCUCUUGGACUCCAUUUAAAUUGCUCCAGUCUGAUAAUGACUCCUCUACCCAUAUUCUAAUUUUAGAAAAGUCUGUUUUUCUAAAGUCUAAAACUUUUGUUUUUGUGUGGUGUGACUCAGUCACUGUUCUUAUAUUAAACCACACUGACUGAUGAUCACUGGAUCCUAAACUUUCACCUACAGUAAUAUCUGAUACCAAAUCUCCAUUUGUUAACACUAAAUCUAGUAUGGCCUCUUUACGAGUUGGCUCCUCAACAACUUGUUUUAGAGACAAUCCCAGUAGGGAGUUUAGAAUAUGUGUGCUCCUGGCACAAGUAGCUAAUUUUGUUUUCCAAUUUACAUCAGGAAGAUUAAAGUCACCCAUGAUGAUAACUUCCCCCUUCAUUGUCAUUUUAGCUAUUUCCUCAACUAGUAGAUUAUCUAACUCUUCAAUUUGUCCUGGGGGCCUAUAAAUCACACCUACACGAGUUACUGUGUGAUUACCAAAUUCUAACGUAGCCCAAACGGACUCUAUGUUUGCCUCACUAACUUUUAUUAGGCUAGAUUUUAUGCUAUCCUUCACAUACAAGGCCACCCCCUCCCCCUUUCUUGCCUUCCCUAUCUUUCCUAUAUAAAGAGUACCCUGGUAUUGCUAUGUCCCAGUCAUUUUUCUCAUUGUACCAUGUCUCAGUAACAGCGACUAAAUCUACACUAUCAGUUGCCAUUAUUGCCACAAGUUCAUGGAUCUUAUUCCCUAAACUGCGAGCAUUUGUAGACAUCUAAGAGCUCUGCUGUAUUUCACGUGGACAGUAUAAUCCCCGCCUAAGGAUAUGUGGUGGUAUAGGUAGUGCUGGUGCUCCAGACGAAAUGCAGGUAUGCUUGGUAUAUAUGGAGGCAAGAAAAGCAAGAAAACUCCAAUGGUAUAGUAAGUACUAAUAAAUAGAAUUAAAAAGAAGUAAUGUAUUAACAGCAUGGGUGAUAUAAUCUCUAUCUAUGGAUAUACUGGAACCAGGUAACAAACAAAAAAAAAAAACCAAAUAGUUAUAUAAAAAAGUAACUAGUUAUUUAACAAAAAGAUACAAAUAAU